GAGUCGGAACUCGGCUGCCCUUAACAGCGCGCUCGCUUCCAGCAAGUUGCGCGCCGCUUCUCGAGUGGAAGCCUCCGCGCCCCUCCCUCCCCCGCUGUUACGUUGCGCGCGGCCUCUGAGGAGAAGGAGGAAGAGGAGAAGCGGCGGCGGCGGCGGCGGCGGGCGCUGGCGUGACAAGAUGUUGGCGGAAGAGGCGCCGGGGGCUCCCGACGGUGGCUGAAGAGGAGGCUGCGCGGCCCUGGCCUCUCUCCCUCCCCUUCCCGCUCCGCCGCCGUCCUUCCCUCAGGAGUCGCCGAGGAACCCCGGCUCAUGACAGCGAGCGCCUGGCGGGGCGGCCCAGGCGACAGCGAGCCUGGCUGAGGCGGCGGGUGGCGGGAGAACAGCGCCUCCUUCCUCCUCACGAGACCGCGCGCCGCCAAAGUUUGCCGCUCGCGGGCGGGCGGCGAAGAGACGUCGCUGGCGGGAGGAAGAAUAAAAGUUUCCUGCUCUGUUUUUCUCCUUCGGAGGCUCGGCUGAUUUGGAGGACGCAGCGGGGGCGGGUCUUUGCUGCGUGCCGCCCCCCCCUUGGUUUAACCCUCAUUUGGUCUCUUCCUCGGAAAAGUAUCCAUUAUUUGGAAACCCCUUUUUCCUUUGGGGUAUCGGAUUAAGUGUAUCCCCUCCCUUCUCAAGGGUAUCGGAUUAAGAGCCGCCUUUCUUUGAGGUGUUGGAUAAACAGCCUCUCCCCCUUUGGAAGGUGUUUGGAUUCUUCCCCCUUUCUUGGGUUGGUUUUCUUUUUUUUGGACUUGGAAGAACCGCCCCCCCCCCCGCGGCCCCUAUUCCCUGGUGCACUGGAUUAAGUGUCUUCCUCCUUCCUUGGCUGGUGGUGUCUUCUCGCCCGCCGCCGCUUGCUCUGCCUUCCUCCCUCCCCCCGCCCCUCCGGCGUGAUUAUAUGCUUCAAGGGAGAGGCGAUCCCCCCUCGUGCCUCCUCCUUUCCCAGCCAUGUCGGCGACGGCGAUCUCCGCCGCGGAGAAAGUGGACGGCUUCACGCGGAGGUCGGUGCGCAAGGCUCAGAAGCAGAAGCGGUCGCAGGGGUCUUCGCAGUUCCGCACCCAAAGCAGCCCCGUGGAGCUCUUCCCGCUGCCCCAGCUCAAAGGUAAUGUAUCAAUUAUACCGCAUGUAUCUCCUAGGGAGGAAUCGAGCGAGCUGCAGCUCACUUAGCCCCGGGCUACAGGUGCUGCCUUCUGCGGGAAGAGACUUCCUCCCGCCUCUCGCCGCCGCCUACGUGCUGCUUGCUUCCUUGUGCCAACCCUCUAAAUUUCGCGGCAGCCCGUUUCACUGCCCUCUGUUACUCCAUGUUAAGGCGCAACUCUUGUUCCGAAACUUCCUCUCCGCAGCCUUGUUAGAACUCUACCUUUUAUCCCUUUCCCCUGCGAAAUAUACUGCCACAGGUUCGCAUUUCAACAGCUUUCAGGGGAUUAGGUGCUUUCCUGUUUUGAAGACCUUACACUUUUAAGGGCCUUGUUCCCUGAGCUGCUAGAAUUUCAUGCUUUCCUGCCCUGCCUUAAGGAGUUGGCCAUGCAAAAUGUUGGCUUGAUGCAUUUGUGGGUAGUACCAGGGACAAAAGAGGACCCCCAGGCCAACUCCAGCUGGGAGCACCAAGGUUUAUGGCAUAAUCUGCAGAACUUGCUCAGAAACAAGGCCUUCAUAAAUUUUAACCUGUCCUCCCCUUCCUCAUUCUUCUCUGGGUUUUGUGUAAUCUCCUCCAGGGGCUGUUACUGCUGUUUAAAUUAGUGUACAAAGUAUCCUUCCCUUUAAAACUGUGGUACUGUGUUACUUUCACCCCCUGGAAUUAAAGAGUGCUCACAUGAUUAGUUAGGCUCCCAGAAGCUCAUAGUAGUAGUGUUUAGCAAGUGUGCAUUUCUGUGAAUUUCUUUAUCCUCUUUUCUGGGCUUGUCAGGCCUAUGACAAUCCAAACUCCAUUUUUACCAACUCUGAUGCUAAUUUGAAGUACUGGAAUUCUUACGUGCAAUUUAACACUUUUUUUUUGGCUGUCUAAAAAAGUUUUUCACAUUUUUUAAAAAAGUGGGGAGAGGAUGAAAAAAAUGAUAGUUUGAGCUGACAGGGGUUAGGACUGACAUUUUUGUAGGGUAGUGUAAUGAGUUCUGUUUGUUUUUUAAUACUGCUAAUAUGAGCAGUACUGAGACUCUUGCACUGCACUAGCAUGUCUAGAAAAUGAAGAAAAUACCACGUCUUUUGAAGGGAUAUUUGACCAUCCAAAGAUGUGACACAUUCUGGCAGAGUACACUACGUUUCAAAUAGUGUCUUGAGCAGGUGGUGCUAACUUAAUUAUUUUCUAGUAGUUGAGCGGGAAGCCCUUUAAAACGCAGAAGAGAGGCCCCUGUGUUUUAAUCAACUUGUUUUUAUUAUUGGUUGUUAGCUGCCCUGAGCCCAGUCUUGGCUGGGGAGGGCGGGGUAUAAAUAAAAUUUAUUAUUAUUUUUAUUAUUCUUUACCUUUCUCUCUCCACAUCAGGUGUGGGAAACCUGAGGUUCUUCAGAUGUUGCUGGACUAAAAUGCUCAUCAGUCCCAGCCAGCCAUGGUCAGGGUUGUUGGAAAUUAUAGUUCUACAACAUCUGGAAGGUUACAUGUUCCUCAUCCUAAUUCUACUUUUUCUACCAACUGGAAUAUGUUUUUGGAUGGCAAGAAGUAGGGUGAAUGAAUUGAAGUAGGAGGGGGAAUAGGACUAGCCAAAGCAAGUUUCUCACAUUAUCUGUGUAUAUACCGCAUGCCCAUCAAAAAACGAUGACUUAUAAGGCAGGUUCUGAAACUUCAGUUGGUGAUGUUUUCCAGCUGAAAUAAUUUCUAAGGUAAAAUUUCUACUAAACUAGAAAUUAUUGGAAGGUAGAAAUACCUGCAAAUUGGAUACCAAUUUAUAUAAUUAGCAUACACAAUAUAUAGGAAAUGUAUUUAUUCUUUUGUUUCAAGUAGUAUACCACCUUUCAUAAAAAUAUCUGAAAGUGGUCCAGAAUAAGACAUUAAAAUACAAUAAAAACAGAAGCAAUGAACUCAGGAUAAACUAAGCAUGUUGAUAGUGAUGGUAAGUAAAAGUCCCCAAAAGAUAUUCCAACAAUAUCAAGUCCUAACAACUUGGGCCCAAAGUAUGUGAGGUAUUGUCUACUUCCAUAUCAACUUAUCUGAGUAAGAUCACCCAGGGAGGCUCUGCUCAUGGUGACAUUGCCAAAAAAAGGUUUGAGGGCAACGGUGCAUCGUAGGGCCUUUUCAGUGGUAGCCCAUGCAUUGUGGAGUGCUCUCACUAAGGUGCAUCUUACAUUGAUACUGUAUAACUUUUUUAUCAUGUCAACGUGUACUUCUUUGCCCAGACUUUUGGUGGGGUGAGGUGUUGUUUUGUCAAAUUCCUCUAAUUUUGAGUGGUGCUGUUUUAUUGUACAGAUAGCCCCCAUUUAUGCGGAGUUACGUUCUGCGACACUGCACACAUAAGUGAAAUCUCAUAUAAUUGAAACCCUUUGAAAAAGCCUACAAAUACCCUGUUCUGUCCCCCACGGCCUUUAAGAGACAUUUCAGUGAUGUCUUUAUGAUGUUUUCGGGUCGCUUCUGCGUUCGGCGUGUAUACAAGGUCGCACACAUAUUCAAUUCACAUAAAUGGGGGCUGCCUGUAUUUUUUGUGGAUUUAAGUAUUGUAUUUUUUAAUUGUAUGUAACCCAACUGGGGACUUUUGAGUGAAGGGUGGGUAAGAAAAUGGGUGUGGAGAGAGAUAGUGAGGGAAGGAAAGAGAGAAGCAAGUACCAUAGCAAGAAUAUAGUGCCAUGUAGUCCAUUAAAGUUGUCUAUUAUGUGGCAAAUACUUGGAAACAUUAUGACAUGAUACCCCAAAUAAGUGCAAGAAAGUAAAGUAGCAUACAUUGGAACCUCAAGUUGUGGACGUAAUUUGUCCCGGAGGCACGUCCGCAACUCGAAGCGUUCGCAUCCAGAAGCGCUGCUUGUGCGCAUUCGCACGGCACGAUUUAGCGCUUCUGCACAUGUGUGAGCAGCGAAACCCGGAAGUAACUGUUCCAGUACUUCCGGGUUGCCGCAGGACGCAACUUGAAAAGACGUAACCUGAAGCGGGCACAACGUGAGGUAUGACUGUACUCAGUCUUCUAUAUAUUACUAAUGGUAACUACCCUUAUUUCUUUUCCACAUACCCAGCACAUAGAUACAUUUUCCUGAGUUUUCUGUGAAUUGUGGGGAAGAUGGGACAGUCUGUCUUCACCUUAGGUCUUGGCAACCUUUAUUUCACUGUUUUCUGCAGGUCAGAGAGAAGAGGGUGUCUCCUUCAUUUCACAUUAGACUUCUACCAAAGUAGCAAGGUGUCGCUCACAGCUUUUCCAAAAGGCCAUUGGUAGGGAGAUAAACCACCUUUCCUUUCUCCUUGGUUCUCUGCAUGUGCCCUAAACCUCAGUAAAACAGAGAAGAGAGUAGUUGAUGGUGACUUCAAGUAGUAGUUGGCAAUUAAGCCUAACAAAAAUUUGUAGACUACUGAGCAUGCUCUACAUAUUGAGGAAUAUUUCCAGGUCUUGUGACAUUGUUGUCUUCCCUUUUGUCAUGCUGAAGUAUGUGCUGUUUUAGGUGGUGACACUAGUUUGUGGUCUUUAAAAUGCAUGACAGUUAGCUGUUAUUGGUUAUCUUGUACAAGCUAUUUGCUAAGGAGUGCCUUGCAUAAUCAGUUUUCAUUCUCUGGAAAUUGAAGGGUUGAGGGAGAAUAAUAGAUGGAUUGUCUUAAAUAUGCUUUUUAUAUACUAAGCGUUUAUAAGGAAUAGAUUGUAAAGCAAACUGAAGGACCUUGUUCAGAUAUGUAUGGGAAAGCCACAAGCACAACAGAACUUAUCCCUUAUUUUGCUGAUCUGUAACUUAUGUGCUACAUUGCAACAAGUUCUUUAACAGGACUGUGCAACAUAUGACCCACUUAGCUAAAUCUAAUCCAACAGCUUUGUAUUGUGCCCAGCAGGUGCUUUGUAACUUCCCCUGCUUUUGCAGUUCUGAGCAAAUGGCAAAACUACUCGCUGUUGGACUUCAUCCAGGUGGUGGACAAGGGAUACUAGUUAUAGUCAUGUGAUCAGAUUUGCACUAUGAUGUGUGGGCACUAUGGACUGGUAAAAUUAAGUGGGGGGACUGCUUCAUGCAUUUAUAUUACAGGGCUUACUGAAUUGGGACUAUUAUGAUUCCAUUUACAGCACUUGUUAGGUUUACCCUUAUAAUUUAGACUUAAAAUGUUACUGCUAUUUCUGGUCCUUCUUUGCUACCUAUAGAAUAUCAAAUUAAGAAAGCAUGUUGCUGAUUGAACAUAGAAGCACAUGUGCACCAUGCCGCAAUGUGCUGACGUUAUGAUAUGAUGAUGUCACGUGAUGGCGUGGUGCAUGCACUCCAGCACUGCGGCGUCGACUGGACCAGGACAUUGCAGUAGAGGUGCAGGUCCUGGUCCAGUCGCUGGUCCAGAGGUAAGGUGACAGUCAUGGUGCCCGGCAUGUGGUGCACAGAGGCAGCCAUGGAAGUUAUGCAUGGUGGCCGUGUUGUGCGGAGGCGGCCAUAGAGACAGUGGGCGGCAGGGGGUAGAGACUGGGCACCCACAGGAAAAACUGUGGGAGUCUUGGCACUCAGGGCUCCAGGAAGAUGGUGCCUAUGUUAGAUUAAAUACAAUUAGGGAAUUGAUUUCAUAAAGUACUGCACCCAGUGGUAAAUCUGUAGUUAGCACCGUGGAAACAUUCACAUUUUCAACUCUGGAAAAGAAAAAGAACAAUUUGUUUAAAACACUGAAAUCAAAUCUGUUUAUUUUAGAUUGUUUCCAAAUGAGGUUGACUCCUGGUGGAAACGUAUGCCCUUUAUAGUGAAAGGAUUGGAAGUAUGCCAAAGAAUUUCAAGAUUUGAGAGAGGUUUUUGAGGCUCAGGUUUUUUCCAAUUUAAAAACUGAGUGUCCAAAUAUGGAUUCAAGAAUUUGUGUGACAGAAGUGUUCUGUACCUCUUCUACUCUCAAGGGAGCGAAUUCUGAUAUAAUUGCAAAGCAGUUACUUUAACCAUAGUUUUACAGUGGGCCAACUUUUCAAAAACUCUUAUCAAAUGCUGUUGUUCGAUAAAUCCAUCUGGGCUAGAUUAUACUUAAAAUGUAACAUGAGUACAGUAUUAUACUAAAUUUCAGUGUAACCUAGUUAACCAGAUAGGCGUUUAAUGAUUUCUUAAAAUGAGACACUCAGAGAGGAUCCAGUGUAGUGCUAUGGAAAGCAUUGCAUCAACACAAGCAUAUCAGCUUGCCAGAUGGAACGACCCCCCCCCCCCGUGUAUUGUUCUGGGGUUCUGCUGACUACUCCAAGCCACCUUGGGGCAGAAUGGAAGGAGGGAGGGGGGAGAAAAGCCCCAUUGUGCUAGCAGAAGUCAUUACAUGGCCUUUCACUAGCAAGACUUACUCUUUGAAUCUCUGCUUGUGACCUCAUUUGCAUAACUUGGUAAGCCAAACUGUGGCUUGUAGGGACUGCGUAAAUAUGCAGGCUCCCAGAGAGGAGCGCUUAGUUUCUGCUCUUUUUUCAUUUCCGCACUGUGGUGAGCUAAAUCAAGGUUUAGCUUAGCAUGUCAUUUGAACCUGGGCUCCUGGCUUAGACUUGGCAGAUGGCUAGGAGGCUCACUGGAGCCCCAAACCUGGCAAUACAAAAGUGCCAUGGGUUCAUGGUUCCCUCAAUUGCCUGCUUUGAAUGGGGCCAUACUUAUCCUGAAGGACCAGGUUUGUAGUCUGGGGGUGCUGCUGGAUAAUCUCUGCUAGAGGCCCUCAGUAGCUAGGAGUGUGUUUUGCCAGCUUGUGCUGGUAAGAUGGCUAUAGACAUUUCUGGACCUGGGUAGCCUGGUCAAUGUGGUAACCUCCAGGUUAAACUACUGCAAUGUGCUGUGUGUGGGGACUGCUCCUGGAGUUGAGCAGAAGUGCAACUAGUGUAAAACACAGCAGCUUGACUGCUCCCUGGGCAGACUUUUGCCAUCACAUUACACUGCUGGUUAUCUACUGGGCGAAGUGCCAAAUGCUUGUACUGGUGAACAGAGUGCUAUACAUCUUGGUACUGGAAUACCUAUAUAAAGCUCACUCCUUUAUAUAUGCAACCAACCAGGGUGGUGUUCUGCAGGGAGAGUUUCUUAUCAGGAGGUCCAUUUGUAUGAUGUAGGAAUUGGGCAUUUGGGAUGUGCUCUCCCCAUGGCCUUUUCAGCAUCUGUUCAAGACUUUCCUUUUUAAAUGAGUCUUUUAAGCACAUACUUUUAUCCUAAUUUUGAGUACAAAAAUAGUUUUUAAUAUGAAAUUGUUUUGCAUGUGUUUAAAUAUUAAAUGAUUUUGAUAUAUUUCAUGAGAAAUAAAAAAAUUGGAAGUUUGUUGAUUUCAGCUGAGCUUCCCUAUAAGUAUGCUUAGGAUUUCAACCAAAGGUAGUCUGGUUAUGUAACAUCCUACGCCUUCUGUCAUAUGUUCCAUUCAGCAUCUGCAGAUCUAUUCCACAAAAGGACCAGGGUCAUCUUAAUUGUUGCUUUAUACCUUUUACAGUUUUAUAGUAAGUCCUUUUAACCACAAUAUUGAGUGUUUUAGAUACAUGGGAAAUGCUUGGCAUUUUAGACAAGGGUUUGAAAUUGAACACAGUGUGUAUUUUGCUGAUUUAGUUGCUGCAGUGGAGCUAUCAAUCUAUAUGUUGCUUUUAUUUUGAUAGACUGUGUCCCUUUAUUUGUGUCCUUUUGCUUUGUUUCAGUAAUGAUUGGUUAUUAUGUUAAUUGUUUUUAAUGUUAGCCUCUUGAUUUCUUAAGAAAACGAAGGAACAUAUACAUUCUUAAAUUUUAGAAAUGUGGAUCAACAACUAUUGUGUUUUUAAUAUGUAGGCUUUUAAGGUAUUUUCAGUUUUAUUAACGCAGCUUUCACAUAGCAUUGCAAAGUUUCCAUGUCUUCUAAACAAAGAUACUAUUCAUAGCUUAAGUUCUUCAAGAUGUGACCUCCUUAGAAUGUCUAAUUUUAAAAAAAUACACUUUCAUGAACAGUAAUUGCUAAAUAUAGUGUCCAUUGACAGUCUUCACAUGCAGAACCUUUCUAUUUUAAUCUUCAGCAUCUUUGUGCCAGCAUAGUAUUGAAUUUCUUUUUCCAUGUUUAUUGCAUUCAAGUUGAGUCAGAUUCUAGUUGUGCAGGUGUUAAAUUGAAUAAACUUAUUUAUUUGAAUAUGAGGGAAAUAUUAAAUAUUGCUGAAGGUUAAUUGACUUUAUCUGGUCUGAAGUCUAUUCAUUUAUAAUAUUUUAAACCUGCCUUUCAUAGAUAAAAACCUAUUGGGGGGGGGGGAAUCCAGUCCAACCUACUGAUUUUUAAAGGUUUUUGUUUGCAAAUCUGUUGUCCAUUUAUCAGCAGAUCUUUGAGGCCUAGUUCACACAGUAUUCCAUGUUAUAGAGGCUUCCUGCUGGCUAAAGCAAUAAUUGGUUCUGACAUUUUCUAUACAUGCUAUGAGUGUUCCUGUUCCAUCCCUCUCCAGAUGUUAAUUAUAAGUGGAGAUCUUAUCCUCUGGGCUUACAUGUAUUCAUCUUUGGAAGUUCAGUCUUGUGCAGUAUAGAAGGAAUCUAAACAAAAUACCUAAUGAUAUUGGUUGCAAUUCAUAUAUUCAGCAGGGGGAAAUGCUGCAUGUGUGGUAUUACAAUAAUGUGACCUCUUCUCUUCCCUUGUACAACAGAGUACACAAGAGGACUUAAGAGAGUUCAGCAGAAUGUCAGUUUAUUAUUUCUAAUAAUUUGUAAUAUUUGUUACUAUAAUUAUCAUAGCUAUCACCUUGUUUAUAUAUUUAUAUUUUAUUUAUGUGCUGGGUGUUGUACAAAAGUAAAAAACCCAGAUCUUUGCCUGCCAAUUCACAAUGGGGGAAAAGGCAGAGGGAGAUACAAGGGGAGGGAUGUUAAAAGAAGAGGGGAAACUUGAACAAAUUGGGAGAGAAGAGAUCUUGUUUGUUUCUGAAGCAGUGCACUGCCUAGGGAUCCCUCUUCUUAGUUGAAGGUGGCAAACAGAUGGAGUGAUGUGUUGAAAGCCCAACCUAAUGAGUGCAUGGGUUUAAACUUAGGGCAAUACACAGCACUGUUUCCCACUCCCUUCAUUGUUGGUUAAUACUGUCUCUCAUGAAGCAGUUCACUGUGGGGUGAGAUUUUAUUUUUCUUGAAACAGCUAAUGUGAAGUUAUUGCAAGAGUAGCCAACCUGGUGUCCUCCAGAUGCUAUUGGGAGUCUACAGCAUCCCUGACUGUUGGCUAGGCUAUGCUUGCUAUCCCUGUGUUAGUGUAUAUAGUCACAAGCCUUGGAACCAGUUUUUCUUUCCUUUUUUGGAUUUGUAGAAACUUAGUGUUCAAAAGCUAUUUAGAAUGUUCCCUCACUUAGAAAUUAGCUAGCGUCUCUUGCCUACCCCCACCCAUCCUAUGCUAGUUAAAAAUGGACUAUGGACUCAGGUACGUUUAUAAAGAUAAAGUGCUUUAUAUGUGUUAUAACACUGAUGGUGCUGUAGAGUCCUAUCUUUCACCAAUGGGAUGUCCCUGUGUGAAGUUUAGAACAUGUUUAACUGAACUGCUUCUGUGAUGUUUCUAGAUCCAGCCUACAAAGUAAUUGUCAUAUUUGAAUUGUUGGUAUGCUUAUAUAAAUAUAGUAUGAUUGUUCCAGAAGUGGGUUAUUCUUCUCUUCUUGAAAGACCCUAACUAUGCAUUUAAAACUUACAUAAGAACCUUUUUUAGCCUUGUGAAACUGGCUGGUAUGGCUGUGUAAUUAGUGCCACAUUAUUCUUUCAGUAAAUAUGUCAUAUUAAGCAAAUACAUAAAGUAUGAAUUGUAGCCCAACUUAUGAUAAUCUUUCUAAGAAUAUGGUGAGUUUAGAAAUAAUGUGUUGCAUCCUUUGAACUGACUUGUAGUAGGACAGUGAGACUUUUUGUGCCUCUCUGCUGUCCUGUGUGCUCCUCAAAUCUGUUCUGGAGGGUUGAAGAACUCUGGGCAGAUUUUGAGGAUGGUGUGGGUCUGCAGGGGGAAGAGAGGAAGGGGAAUCCUUAAUGUACAAGUGGAAGUCUGCUCACAUGAUUUUGGAUUUCAUGCACUGCCUGAUAUAUUAUCAUUGUUACUUUUAUUCCCCGCAGUUCCUGUUCCUCUUGGAAAGAGCACAGUGCAGCUUUCAAGAAUGAAACAUUAAGCAGUAAAACAGUGAAAUAUAAUAUACAAUAAAAAUACAGUAUAAUGCCCAUUAAAAAGUUGCACAUGUGUGGGCAAUUCCACUAUGAACUGAAGGCAUGCAGAAACAAAAAAGUUCCCAAUUGCUAACUGAAAACAGAGUGAGAGGGGGAAAACCAAAUGUCUACAGGGAUGGCGUUUCAUUAACAGGGUGCUCUGCUUUAUGUAGUUGCCCUAUGGACUGUAGUCACCAAAGGGUCUCCCAAGCAAGGCCUGCCUUGCAGAAAUCAAGACUGUUGGCAGGUUCUCGGAACCAGUAAUGUAGGCUGAAAUAAAUUUAUGGCUAUAUUUUGAAGUGUUUGCAAUGUGUGGAAAGAUGCUUGAGGAGAGUAGACAAGCCUGUUGGUGAUAAAUCUUGCAGCCAAGAUAGUUACAAAAUGUCACACUGCAGCCAGGGUGUCCUUAGACCUUGGAUAGAGGCAAACUAUGUACCAUCAGUUGUGAGUGAUGGCGUUUCUUGCACAUUGUUGGUCUUAAAAUAUUUGCUAGGAUGCAGGAUGCAAAACAAUCUGAUCAGGAAGGCAGUUCUUAUGAAUAUGCAUAGAUGGUAUGGUAGAAGUGAGAAGGGCUUAUAUAAAAAACUCAGCAGCCCUCUUGUUUCUAAAUUGUAAAAAGCUACUUUGCAAAAUUGACAGAAACACUGCACAAUGCCUGUGAAGGUGCUACUGAUGCCUUGUGCCAAAAUCCAAAGGUUAAGUGGUCCCAACUCACAACUCGUAAAUAAAAAAAGAAGUAAAGGGAUGGAUACUAAAGAUCAGUGAAUCAUGUUUGUCAAUGUGCCUCACAUUAUGCUGCCAUUUUUGCUAUGGUUGCUCCCAUGUUUACACAACAACAGCUAAAGCUACAGAAAGUUUAUGUAUAACAAACCUAUUUCAGUUUUUAAAGCAGUUAACUUACGUAUAAGUUUAAUGCUUGAUUUAGACUUUUUCAGGUCUUUAGAAUAUUUGAAUUUUAUUUCUGUAGACAAGGAUGAGAGCAACAGGCAAGAAGAAGAAUUAUUACAGUGGUACCUUGGUUCCCAAACUUAAUCCGUUCCGGAAGUCUGUUCCAAAACCAAAGUGUUCCAAAACCAAGGUGUGCUUUCCCAUAGAAAGUAAUGCAAAAUGGAUUAAUCCAUUCGACUUUUAAAAACAACCCCUAAAACAGCAAUUUAAAAUGAAUUUUACUAUCUAACGAGAGCAUUGAUCCAUAAAAUGAAAGUAAUAAUCAAUGAACUUUACUAUAAAAUAAAUAAAACAGUAUUGUAGAUGAUAAAAAUUAAAAACAUUUUUUUUCCUUGCGUGCACUGAUGAUCGUCAUUGUUUGGAUGGGGGGCUUUUAUCCAUUUCUGUAGUCAUACUAUCAAUCAAUCAAUCAAUCAAUCAGUAGCUGAACUGGGUUCUACACAGUCACAAAAACAAGUCACAAAAAUGAAGUCACAAGCCACAGUCACAGUCAAAAAACCGAAAAAGCCACAGAAACAAAACCGCAAAAAAAUAGCAAAAACAAAAGCUCCAAAUGUCACCUCUGUGUUGCAUGGGUGCUUGGGACUCAACAGCCGACAGACUCAACAGGGAGCCUCUUAUUAGCAGCGGGGGACUCAAUUCACAAGCAGAAAACACUCAACAGGAAGCAGAACAGGUUCCGCUUCCAAGGCAAAGUUCACAAACCGAAACACCUACUUCUGGGUUUGCAACCUUUUGUUUCCAAGUUGUUCGUAAACUAAGCUGUUCUAAAGCCAAGGUACCACUGUACAACAGUGUCUAAAAAUGGAGAACGUUAUUUAGUAUCUUUCUUUCAAAUAGUAAAGAGGUGACUAAAGCUCUUAAGCCUUAAAACCGUCAUAACAUAGGCUAUGAGACUGGGACAAGUUAUGUUGAGGUACAAACACUCCUGCAAGAAUAGCAACAAAAUGCAUGAUUGCUACUGCUACCUAUUCUUUCUUCUCCCUAUCCAGCUGCUAGCUCUGCUUCUUCCAGCUUCAUUGCUCGGCAGCUUAAUUGCACAUGAGAAAGCACAUGGCAUUCAUGCCAGACUGCAGUUCUCACAUCUUUACCACCUUCCCCAAUCCCCAUCCUCCAGUGCCCUGCAGUUUAUGCUAGCUUUCAAGUUAACAUCUGUCAUGUUCUCUUAGGCCUUGCACAUGUCUGGGAGCUCUGAGGGAAACCAAUUAUAUCAGUAGCAUAUUCACAAUAAGUUGAAUUGCUAAGUUGACAUAUGUGGAUAACAGGCCAUAGAUUUGGUUUACCUAAUGUAGCCUAUAUUCAGGAAAUUCGGUAGGCAAAACUCAGCAGGAUUUACCUUGAGCUUGUUACUGACAACAUCAAUGGACAAAUUGUCAGGAUGUCGAAGUGGGUAUGAAAUUGUAAAGCAAGCACUUCUCAUUGCAGUGUGUGUUGAAUAGGAUAAUUGUUUAGAUAUACAGUGGUACCUUGGGUUACAGAUGCUUCAGGUUAUGCGUUUUUGGGUUGCGCACAGUGCCGAACCCAGAAGUACCGGAAUGGGUUAUGUCUGGGUUUCGGCACUCACACGUGCGCAGAAGCACCAAAUCACAGCCCGCACGUGCGCAGGCACGGCGCUGCGGGUUGCAAAUGUGUCUUCUGCACGGAUCGUGUUCACAACCCGAGUUUCCACUGUAUAUCAAGUAAGGACUUUUAAACUUGCCCAACUAUUCAUAGACGCAUUAGGUAUUCAGUUUGCCUUGGCAACAGGAAACUAUGGUUUUGUGUGCUAUCUUUUGUACAAUUGUAACUUUCAGAACUUUGGAAACUGAAAUAUUCAAAUCUUUGUUGAUCAUUUUUAGUUACUUGCUUUAUACCCUGCAUUUUUCUGAAGAAUGGUAGGGACAGCCAGGGAAAAUCUUAAUAAUAUCCUAAUACACUUUUUUGAAGUAGGCUUGUGACUAGUCACUUACCUUACAUUUCACACACACUAUAUGUAUUUGUGGUCUAUUUGUGACUACUGAAAAUAAGCUGGAGCACUGAGAGAAGUAAACUUUCAGAGAAGUGAAAGGCAUAAAACGGUGGCCAGCCAAAUUCAUUGGCAAUGAAUCCAUAAUGGUGUGAAAUGGCAUAACUUGGCAAAAUGCCCACAUCAGUGAGAAUGUUCAACUUUCCUGUAUCGUUUCUGCACUUCUGUUGUGCUGGGUAAUUAGACUGAGAACAUGGCAUUUUAUAUUCCAUGCAGAAUAAUUAUUUCUGGAAGAAAUUCAUCCUCGUGUAAUUCAUCUGAGUUGGAAAAUGUACCGUAUUUUUCGCUCUAUACCAGACCACAAGACGCACCUAGUUUUUGGAGGAGAAAAACAAGAAAAAAAAUAUUCUGAAUCUCAGAAGCCAGAACAGCAAGAGGGAUCGCUGCGCAGUGAAAGCAGCAAUCCCUCUUGCUGUUCUGGCUUCUGUGAUAGCUGUGCAGCCUGCAUUCGCCCCAUAAGACGCACACACAUUUCCCCUUACUUUUUAGGAGGGAAAAAGUGAGUCUUAUAGAGCAAAAAAUACGGUAUAUACUGAGAAGGUUAUUCCAAUUUUAUUGUCUUUCCCACUUGCAGACCAUUCAAAUGCUUGUCCAGUGUUUCUGCUAUAAUUGAAUUCCAGUUAGCAUCACAGGUCAAUUACAUGCUAAGGUUAGCCUGCAGUCCUUGAUACUACACAGUCCAAAUAAAUGUAUGUAUGUAUGUAUGUAUGUACGUACUAUAUCUAUAUAUAUAUAUAGGUACUAUAUCUAAAAGUAUAACUUGUGGUAUAACCUCCUUCAUUAUAAAAGAUUUCUUGCCCCAAAUGCCACCAACUGUGUAAAAAAGAAUUCCUACCACAUUUCCAAAAGUUAGUAUAUUUUUUAUAAACCUUCAAUUACCUAAGGGGUGACUGAUACUAAUGAGCGCAAUACACCAAUCCCCACCUGGUUAGUGGGGGGGGGGGAAUCAAAGACAGACAAAGAACCAAAUCAAAAGCCUUCCUGGCCUUGAAUCAGCAGGAUAAAAGGGGUGUGGCAUUUUAGUUCCACCUGCUCUGCUUUCCAUCAGUAGCUUUUCCCCUCCCUUCCCACUGGUUUCCAUGGCUACAAAAAAGAGGCAUCCAUAAUUAGGCUUCCUACUCUGUAGGCAGAGAUGGAGAGCUACAAUCCUAUGACCCCCUAGAAUAUUUUCACAGGGGCCAUAAGUUUGCACCCUAAAUGAAUUAAUGACAUAAGCAUACCAGAUCCAGGUGUUCUGAUUUUCUAGAGCAUUUCAGUCAGGGGUUUGGCCUCUCUGAUGUGGUCCAGAGGAAAGCAGAGCAAUAUGUUUGGCACCAGCUUGGUUGCAGGAGUUGCCAGAAAGAGGCGUACAAAGUGCCAUCCAGGUGUCUUCAGGAGUUUACUCUGGAUUUGUGUACGGUUUACCCCUUAGCCUUUUGUUCUCCCAACGAUAUCCUGUGAGGCAGCAGGGGUUUAGGAUCAGCGUUUCCCUUCUCUUAGAUGGGUUGCCUUCCCAGGUUGACAAGCCCCAUCUGCCCCUUACUUCCCUCUACAGCAAGUGCAGAAACCGCUUUCUUGACUGUUGGACCCAUUCUUGGUCUCAUUUGCUCAAUCUGCUGGAUCCUAAGUCAUUGAAGUUUUGAGACCCAUCAGCUACCUCACCUGGUUUGGCCAGCCAGUCAAAGCAGUUUCCCCAGGGUGUGUCCACUGCCACUGUUGACAGCUUCAAGGAGCCACAGGUGAGGGGUAUGGCCGCUGUCACUUUUGGCAGCUUUGAGGAGUCACAGGUGAGAGCUAAGUGCAGUACACAGAGAUGUAUAUUGUUCCUUUAACAGAAAUGUUGGAAAUGAUUGCCAGUGCAGCUGAAUGUGUUUAAAGAGCCAAGUUGUGUAUUCCUGGUAGCCCUGCUCUAGGAGUGUACACUUAGCUUUUUUGUCUGAAUUUACAUUUUAAAAUGUUCUUAUGGAAGAUUUGGAUGUCUUUAGAUCUGUCUAACUGCAUACCUAAACAACCAGACUAUUGCAGGGAUGGCAGGAGCAGACAAGACACAGAUCAAUCAAAGCAGAUUUUUAAAUAGACAUUUAGGUAAACUCAGGGCAGCACAAGAUUGGUAGGGAUAACUUAAUGUGUUAUUUAAUUAAAAGUUGUUUAGAGGCAAAUCAACUCCAUUUCAGUAGCUUAAGAAACAUGUUCUGUGCAGUUGCAAUCUCAAGAAAUUGAAUGCUCAGAAGAUACAUAUUGAAUCUGCAGAAGAUGUUCAGUUAUAAGAGACACACAUUAAUAUCUUAGCAGGGAAAAAUCAUGCAUAUUUGAGCACAGAAAAGAAAAAAAAGGCUUUGUUUUUAGCCAGUGAUUUUUAAAAAAAUACGUGCAGACUAGAUUUAUUCAGAGAUUCUUACAUUUAAGUCUGUCCUAAGAACUCACAUUUAUUAGUAUGAAUUCUAAAGUAGAAAAGCUAAGUAUACACUCCUAGUGCAACACUACCAGGCAUAUAUAACUUGGUUAGUUAAGUGUUUUCACCUGUGUUUGUAAGCAUUUCCUGCUUUUCUUUUAAAGUAACAGUGCACCAUACUAGUGGUAGUUCCCUUCACAAUUAUCAUCAGUAAAAGCAUAUAUCCUCUUAUGUAUGCUAUCACAAUGUUUAUCAUAGUGCUUUGGUAGAAAGAUGUAAUAGCUUCCUAUUCUUGCAUGAAGUUGAAGUUGGGUAAAGCCUGUGAAUUUGCAAAUAGCUCCUCUCUGCUUGUACCUCAGUGCUUCUCCAUUUUUUCUGGCUAUCCUUGGAGGAUACUUUACAUAGGAUAUGGAAGUAUGUUAAUAGCUGUCCUCUGAGUGUUUUAUAUGUUUUUCUUGUGUUGUGCUAGUAGAAGAAAAUGAGUUCCUCACAUUGUACUCCUCCAGGCAAUAUCUGCAGUAUGUCAAGGAAAAUUAACUGCUUCACAAAUUCUCUAUCUUUUUAUGUGUUGCUGGAGAGCGUUUUAGGAUAGGUUGGGAGAAAUAUAUGAACUUGCCUGGAUUCUAGAGAAAUUGACUUGAGAAUAAAAUACAGUGGUACCUCGGGUUACAUACGCUUCAGGUUACAUACACUUCAGGUUACAGACUCCGCUAACCCAGAAAUAUUACUUUGGGUUAAGAACUUUGCUUCAGGAUGAGAACAGAAAUUGCACGGUGGCGGUGGGAGGCCCCACUAGCUAAACCUCCGGAACGAAUUAAGUACGUAACCAGAGGUACCACUGUAGAAUGAAGGUUUACUGGAGGGGCUGAAGAAAAAGGCGUUGUGGUUUGAGUUCUGGACGCUGAUAAAUAGGGCUUGUUUUUAUGUGCCUUCUUGGUAGUGGCACCCACCCUGUGAAAUGCCCUUCCAUCAGAUGUCAGGGAGAUGAGUAACUACUGUAUAUCACCUUUAGAAGAUAUCUGAAGACGGCACUAUAUAGGGAAGUAUUUUUAUGUUUAAUGUAUUAUGUUUUUACAUAUGUUGGAAGCCACCCAUUGUUGUUGUUUGUUUGUUUGUUGUUCAACAUUUUUCUCUGAGCCAGUAUUGACUCCUUGCUGACCACUGUUAACAACUUGGGAGCCAUAUUUGGAAAUGUGCUUUCCAUCUUUGAAACCUUCCCCCCGUUUUGAGAGAAUGUGGCAGUGUUUUCAUAGGAGUGUAAAAGUAGUUGUUGAAUUUCUACUUGCAGCAUAAUGUUGGUGGGGCAUGUACUUGCGUAUAUUGUUAAAGUUAAGCUUUUGAUCACUUUGGAUGUGUUGAGAACAAAAUAGUGCCCCGGCUGCUGUAUGAAGGCCAUGCCAUGUCAAGUGAUCUAGGGAUUUUACUUUACCAUUUUAUAUUGCUUCCAUUUUCAGUGUCCUAAAAGUAGUGUAAGAGAAGGUCCCAGAUCUCAGUUUUACAUUUUUUUAUCUCAUCCCAUUUUUGAGGGUUUGAAAUUUUAAAAAGUGUCAAUGUUGGCCUUGCCAGACUACACAAUAACCUUAAAAGCUCAGCCCAGAAUUGGGAUAUUUCAAAACUAAAAUUACCAUCGUCUUCAGACCUUCAUGGGGUUUAUUAUGAUAUGGCACAUGAUGGACUUUAAAUUUUAAAGAAAAAUUACUGCAUCUCCUUUAGAACCCUUAUUAAAAAAACAACACUGAAAGCUAAACAGAUUGCUGCUAUGUAAGCUAGAGGAAGAAAUAAGCACAGUAGGCAAUAAGAUUUGGUUUGGUUACUAUUUUAAUGACUGAGACAUUUCUCUUAUUGACCUAGUUCACACAAAGCGUUCAAGCAAACCAUGAUUUAAUGAGACUUAAUGAAUAUGUGGGUUUCUGGAAACGAGUUGGCACCCACUUUUUUUCUUUCUGGUCCUUUUUUACUCCUUAGGCCCAGACUUGCUGCCUGAGGUGACCACCUCACCUUGCCUCAUUGGAAGACUGGGCUUGAGCCAAACCUUAGCUUAGUUCAGAGGACUGAAGAGAAGUAGCUGCCAGCUCCUCUCGGGGACCUGACAUUUUUGCACGGUCUCACUAAGCCAAUGUUUGACUUACUAUGCCAUAGGAAUCAUCUUGCUGUCUCAAUGCUCAGUUUGACAAAUGUUAAAUUUGUAUUUGAAUAUUUGCAUUGCAUUUGGUUUUAUGUUUUUUAAUUUUAUUGUAAUGUUUAUUUCUUUUCAUUUUAGUGUUUCUGGUUCCACCCUAGGACCCUCAGAUAAAGGGUGGACUAUAAAUCAGUUCAUUAAAUAAAGCAAAAUGACUACAUGAAACUCGGGAUUUGAUAUUGCUUUGUCCUCUGCAUCCUCUUCCUUGAGGGAAACAUCUAACCUUGCAGAUCUGUACUGGUAGAAAAACAUUGGAAAUAUGAAUUUAGACAGGGCUCCAGGCAGCCCCUGCUGACUUUUAUUACAUGUCAUAAGUUUUCAUAUAUGCCUACUCAGGUUCUACUACUUUUCUAGUACGUAUUAUAAAAAGAAUAGAAGCUUGAUGAAUAGAAGCCAAGGAGGGACCACACAAAUGCACUGAUUGGCACCCACCCUCUCUGUGCCAUUGUGACUGUUUACUUUACAGCACAAACUAGAAGGAGGAGUGUAAAAAAAGGCUUGAAAUGAACUGUAUACCAAUUUAUUUAAUAUAUAGAUGUCUUUGUACGUUGUUCUCCUUGAAAAGCUGCUUGUUAGUACAGUCGUACCUAGGAAGUAAAACGGAAUCCGUUCUGGAAGUCCAUUCGACUUACAAAGCUCCUGCAGUCAAUUGGAAGCUGCGGAAGCCCUGUCAGACAUUUGGCUUCCAAAAAUAGUUUGCACUUCCGGGUUUGCGGCGUUUAGGAGUCAAAACUUUCGAGAACUAAGCUGUUCGAAAACCAAGCUACAACUGUAUUGGUGAACUCACUGAAAAUUUAUAUUAUGUUGCUUGGGAGGGAGGGGUAGACUAUAGCCAGGGAUGGGAAUUGGGGCCCUCCUCAUAAGAAUUUUUUACCUCAUGGAGUGCUUUACUUGAAUUGGUUCUCCUCAGCAUGGUGAUAUGUGUUUUAACUAGUGUUAGAAACUGAGAUAUGAAAGCUAGGAGCUAAAUGACACCUUAAACCUAGGUUACGGGCACAACAACGGAAUGUCUCGGUGCACUUAUUCUGAAAUCUUAGGCACAGUACUGCUCCCAGAGCUCAGAAACUGCUCACACUAAUGAAAUUCCCCAUCGCAAAAUGUGCUGAGAACAAUGGGAGUUUUGAAUGCUGGUUUUAAAGUUCUUUAUGGUGAUCCAAAUUUUAACAAUAAAGACUGUUGGCAGUUAUUGCUCACUGUACUACAACUUGUGAUGAGCUCAUGACACAUUUGUACAAGUUCCCCUCUCAUAAUUUCCUUAAAGUGUGGUGAUAUAGAUAUGUAAACAUGUUAUGAGUGUUUUGGAAGAUAACUGCAAAAUGAUUGCCCCUGUGAUAUUUUUUAGCAGCAGUAUUAUUUUUUAGCAGCAGUAUUUUAGCAGCUGUAUUCAAUCCUGUGUUGAUUUUUUGUUUGUGUAAGAACUGUAAAAAUGUAAAUUGAUGAUAAACUGAAAGGGUAAUUUCUCUGCAUAGGACAGUUUGAAGUUUUAAUGGCACAUUACUAGUAAAAUUAGUUGAGAAUGCAUAGCAGCAUGUCAUGCAGUAUGACAUUUUUGAAACUUUGCAUGUGAUACGUACUCAGAUUCAGUUUAAUCUUGUUUGUAGGUUAAACUGAGAGGGUGUGACUGUCCCAAAUUGCCCAGUUAAUUUUAUGGCUAGGCGGGAAUUUUGACUGGGUUUCUCCAGCCUAAUUUCAUUACUCUAGCCCAGUGGUUCUCAAAGGGUGUGGUAAACCACACUGAUGUGACAGGAAGAAGAAGAGUUUGAAUUUGAUAUCCUGCUUUAUCACUACCCGAAGGAGUUUCAAAGCGGCUAACAUUCUCCUUUCCCUUCCUCCCCCACAACAAACACUCUGUGAGGUGAGUGGGGCUGAGAGACUUCAAAGAAGCGUGACUGGCCCAAGGUCACCCAGCAGCUGCAUGUGGAGGAGCGGAGACGCGAACCCAGUUCACCAGAUUACGAGUCUACCACUCUUAACCACUACACCACACUGGCUCUGGAGAGGAUGACAAAUGUGGCCAGAAGAUUCAAGGACAAUCAGAGAAAUAUUUAAACAUUUCAGCACAUCAUAGCAUAGUAUAGUAUCAAACUAAUAUUUUUAUUUGCAGAAUAUGUAGCUGCAUUGUUUUAUACUUUCUGGAUAUCCCAUGAUCAUAGUUGUGUUCUGUGUUACAAAUCAAGCAUUGCUAGGAGUACUUCCAUUUUGUUUUCCAAUGUAUUUCUUAUCUUUUUUUAAAAAAAUAAUAUUUAUUGAUAAUUUCAAGAUUACAAGAAAAAUAAAAAAUAACAGACAACACUACAAUACAAAAACAGAAAAAAGAAAAAGAAGACAAUAAAAAAGAGAAAAGCACAAAAUGUAAAAAAGAGAAAAAAGAGAAAAAAACACAAAUCCCAAAUUGCGUAUCCAUUAUUUCCAUUUGCUUGUUUCAUUGACCUCCUCACACCUCCGUUUUUGUAUUCUAAUUUAAUAAUUUUUUCAGCAAAUUCUUUCCAUCUUUCUCAAUUUUUAUUAUAAAAUUUAUCUUAACAAUUUAACCUAAUAAUUAACUCAACAAAUCCUUACCAUCUUUCCCCAUAUUCUAUUAUUCAGAUUACCUUAAUUUAUUUAACCUUAUCUUACCCCUAAGUGCCUUAAAACUUAAAUCUUAAAUUUCAAAUAUUCAUAACUCCUAAUAUCAUUUCUGCUAGAGUCGUAUAGUUUCAUUCCCACAUUUUCCCUAAUAUUCAUUAGCUAAUUCUAAAAUAAAAAAGUUUCCAUUAUAAAUUCUCUUCCAAUCAUCAUCCAGCGUCUCUUCUUCCUGGUCUCGGGUCAUGUCGGUCCUUAUUGUCCUUAUUGUCCAUUCCGUCUAGUCCAUCAACCUGGAAGCCUUAUGUCCGAGGCCCUUAAAUCUCUUCCAUGUCCCUUCUGCAAUUCUUCUUCAUCUUGUUUGUGCUUGCCCUUUUCCUUGUCUCUUAUUGGUCUCUGUCUUAGUUUCUUUCCUUUCUCAUUGAGGAGUAGGUCUCUGGGGGAUUCCAGCCGAAAAUUAUCUCCAUCGCCCUUCAUCCAGCUCACCCAUUCCCCACAGUCCCACUCCCCACAGUCCUCGAUGUAAUCCAAAAUGAAUUUAAAAUCAAAUUUCAGAGUCUCUCCAAAGCUAGAAGUCUCCUCAUCUCCAGACUCCCCUUGGCCCACUCCAGCUUCAAUCUUCGAUAACAGUGUCUUAUGCUCCUGUAGGACCUCGGGUCUCUCCAUUUGUACUAUUUGAGGUGCAGCUGCAUCCUCCUCCAUUGUCAACUGCGCUUGCGCAGUCGGUACGGAUUGAUAGGUUGAUUCUUGGAUGAUUUCUGUAUCAAUGUUAUUAACCACAACAGUCAAAUCCAAUUUCUCAUUCAUCAAAUCCAUCUUUUCAUGCAUCUGUUCCAGCAGAGUAUUUGUCUUGCAUAGAGCAAGCAGCCAGUCUUUCUCCCAGCUCAUCUUUAUUCAAGGUCGAAAAAAGUCUGUUCCCACAGUCUUAAUCUCACAGAUGCUGGGUCUCAAAUAUGCUGCAACAACAAUUUAGCAAGCUCCCUCUAGAGGAUACAAUCCAAUUGUAGCCAUUUUUUUUUUUAAAGACAAAGGAAAGUUACUUUCACUUUUCAGAUAUUUCAAACGUUUUUCAGAUAUUUUGUUUCUUUAAGAUGCAAAAGGCAACAUUAGAAUCAACUUGUUUCUCUUCACUGGCUAUCUGUCAAAGUGUUGCGUUCACCGUCAAUGAACCUCAGCACCAGUUUCUGUCUCUGACACCCCGUUCCCAGGUUAGAGACGAUGGAAACUUAUCCUUCUUCACUCCCUCUCCUGCUAGAGUUAAACAGAGUCCCCCCCCCCUUUUCUCCUGCUUCCAAGGGGGGUUUCAGUGGUUCUAAAUGAAGGAAAUUUAGACCUUUUUGACAGCUUCCCGGCUUUAGCUUGCAAAAUUUUUGCUUUAGUCUAUAUACAAAGAAACGGAAGGCGGACUUCCUGUUUACACCUUCCCGCUUCGUUACCAAAUUAAAACAAUUUCUUGAUCCAAUUUUCCGUUUCUACUCACGGGUACUUGUUUUAAGUCCAAUUGUCCACAGGAAAAAGUCAGCGCUCUCUGGCAAUGGCUGUGCGGCUUCACUCCGUGAAAGUAGCAGUCAGUUCGUAGCACCGCGCUUCUCACCCCACUUCGCUCCGGAGCCCCUAGAUGGGAUUCCCCGCGAGUAGGGGGGCGCUUCUGGUGCCCUGCCGAACCCCACGUUCCCAGGCUUCCUCCGCCUGGGAUUUCUAGCGGGUCCCCACCUUCGCCGUGGCGGGAAGACCCAGUUUUCACGGAGCCCGUUCCUCCGGUCGGAGGAACUCCGCCAUUCACCAAUGGCGCUGACCCGGAAGAUGUAUUUCUUAUCAAUAAAAAAUCAGCGUGGCAUGAGAAAAUUGUUAUUCUGCAAGUGGGGCCCAGAGAAAAUAGUUUGAGAACCACUUCUCUAGCCAGCACAAUGCUGGUUCUGCAUUUCUCCUCAAGAAAGAACCCUUGCUCACUAAAUGCAUGGGGAAUUUGCACUGGCUGACUUUGUAGCAAACCUAAGAGCCUUUCCUAGAGCCUGGGAAUACAGUUUUCCUCAGGAUCAUAGAAAGAGGACCAUAUCAGAAUUAGAAAAAAUUAAACAUAUUAAUAUGUUACAGCUCAGCUAGUGCAGCUGAGCACAUAUAUUCUGCAUUACCGAUGGGAGAAAGAAGGGACUCCAUACAUAAGGUAACAAUUAUAUGUCUGCUAAUAGAACAUUGGAUUUGAUAUUUCCUGCUUGGUGUUAGUUUGUUGCUGUUGAGAUGGAAGUUAUAUUGAUUUCUAUAAUUUUACAGGAAUUUAAAUUCUAAUUCUGCAGCCUUUUUCCUUUAUAGAUGCCACCUCAAAUGAACAGCAAGACCUCUUCUGUCAGAAGCUACAGCAGUGUUGUGUAUUGUUUGAUUUCAUGGACUCUGUCUCUGACUUGAGAAGCAAAGAAAUUAAAAGAGCAACACUGAAUGAAUUGGUGGAAUAUGUUUCAACACAUCGUGGUGUGUUAGUUGAAUCAGCAUAUUCUGAUAUAGUGAAAAUGGUAAGUAAAACACCUGAAGUAUACUCUUCUUGGACACAUUUAAAAAUGACACCCAAUAUUUUUUGCUAAAUAUAGUCUGUGUUCUGUAUUAAUUUUUCUAUAGCAGAACAAAAUUUUUGCUGACACUACCUGUUAACUUGCUGUUAAAUUGUAACGGAUUAAAAUUGGUUACAUUUAGUUGCAUGACAACCAUAGACUCCUAGGUGACAAGGACGUAGGAAUGGGUUCAUUGUUUGUCCCUCUUUUACUGCAGAAUGACGGAUUAAAGCUCAAAGGUUAUAGCUGGAGAGAACAAUGGCUGCAUUUGGAUGUCACACUAAACUAUGGUUAAGUGAGAUACGGGCACCACACCCAGGAGGAGUAGUUUGGGAGCUUUUGCUUUACCACAGCUUCCUAUGUUAGCUAGACCUAGAACUGUGGUUAAUUUUAAUUGUGGUUACUUUCAGAUAAGACAGCUUCAAAAACUACAGAUUGAGUUCUCUUGUUUGAAGCUAACCAUAUUUUACAUUACUACAGUUUGUUUAUGCAGUCUGUACAAAAAGCUUCUAUUCAGCAAGCACAGAAGCAGAAACUUCUACUGCUUCUGGCCACACAGGAGUGGGAGAGGUAAAGGUGUAUGUGAGCCAGACUAGGGCUGUUCAUGUCUCCCUAAGCCGUAAGAGGCCAAGAGAAAGUUGCUAAACCUCUUCCUAUGUUUCCAGUUGCAGCUGAAGCAGGAAAAGUUCACAGCUUGGUCAAUAGAUUGCUUUUGCUCCAGCUGCUUUUAUACCUCAAUUUUCUCCCAGCAAUUUCAUACUCAGUCUCUUCCUAUACAUAGAAUUGUGUCUCAGAAGAAAUUGUAGCUUUCAACAGUCAUUUCUCUCCCUCCAACAACAGCAAUUUAGUUUGCAGCUCCUUCUCCUGACAUCACAUUGACUCUGCACUUGUUAGUGCAAAACAGACAGUGCAAAGGAACAAAUGCUGGCGUAAAAAAUGUUUGCUUGAUUUUUGAAUGUGCACUUGUUCCUUAUUCAUCAUGAGGAGGAGCAAAACUGCAAGAAAGAACGGGUGAGGAAGGGAGGGAAAGAAGUGAAGAGAAUUAGUUGGGUUGAAAGUGACAAAGGAGUAGAAAAAGGAACUGCAAUAAUGUUGGAAGCAGAAGAAGGAAAGGAGAAUGGGAAGGGGGAAAACUAAGAAGAUGGAGAAGGUUCAGAAGGAAGAUUAGAGAAAGAGCAGAGGGUGAAGAAUCAAGAAAACAGCAUAGGGUAGGGAAGAAAUAGCAAGAAUUAGAGUGCUAGGGUGGUUGCAUAUGUAUAAUAUAAAUGUAUGGCUGCCCACUGAGCUCCCCAAUAUUGGCUUCUAACGAUUUGCAAAAAUGUUUGUCCCUUUUCCUACUUAAUAUGAGAUUUUCUGUGGACUUUGUAGCAUGUUGGUCACACCUAUAAAGUUACUUAGGCUGUGCACACAUUAACAGCUUAAACCCCCUCCCAACUGCAUUUCAGAUUGCAUUUCCACAGUGUUCAUCAGUAGUUGGAUGUGUUUUCAAGUCACCUGCUUUCUCUCCACACCAAUGGCUGGAGAAGGAGCCUGGAUGUCUUCUUGUGUCUUGCAUUUUCAUAUUGGAUCAAAGCUGGUUUGGGGGCAAAUGCAACAAAAUGCAGAAUUUCUCAAGAAAUGACAGGACAGAUGAGGAAUGUGGCUAAGGUUGUGUGUACACAUCUUCACAAACCAGCAGUCGGAGAGCACUGAAUGCAGAGUAAAAAGAAGUAUGUACACCACAACCUUAGCCUCAGCAUAGUUGAAGGAAUAGAAGUGGCACACAAAAGUGCACAUAUUGGUUAACUAUCUUAAAUUUAAUAUUAUCAAGCAAUGGUCAGCUUUUAUUUCCUUUUAGGAAGGAAUAUUUAGAGUCCAACAAUAUUUUAUAUUAAACAUGUCAAUUAGGAUCUGACACUUCACAACUUUUUUUGUUAAUGCUUGUAAAUGUAUUGUUGAAAUCUUGCUUGUGGUUAUUGAAGUUAAUGGUAAAUCUGGUGUUGAUUUUAUUGGCUGUGGAUUGCACCAAUUGUUUAUAUAAAUUUACAAGUUUAAUCUUUGUCUUCAGUUUCCAGAUGGGUAGCACAGUUAGCCUGUUGCAGCAAAAAAAGAAAGUGCUUUGGCAUCUUGAACAGUAACAAAUUCACCAUGGCAUAAACUUUCAUGGAUUAGAGUCCACAUCAUCAAUUGCUCUAUCUUUAGUAACUCUGGCAUUAUCAUCUACAAAUUCAUAUUUGACUGUGUUCCUGGAAAACAAAUGUUCAAGUAUAACAGCUGAAGACAGCCAUAAAAUACAGUGGUGGAAAAGUGGGCAAACUACAAUGUUGCUCACUAGGAGUAUGGAUGAUGCUGACCAGGAAUCCUGGAAAAAGCUUUGUUUACCAAAUGAAAACAUAAUUAAGAUGAUCAAAGAUUACUUGUUCUUAAACAGUAAUCCAGAUUUCAAAAAUCUUGUAAAAAUAAAUGAAAUCAAUUUUGGUAUAAGGUUUUUCAGUAUAUCUCGUAAGAACGUAAGAUUAGCCUGCUGGAUCAGCCCAGUGGCCAACCAGAUAGAUUCCUGUGGGAAAUAUGCAGAAAAUGAGCACGAGCACUUUCCCCUUCCAUGGUUUCCAGCAACUGUCAUUCAGAAGCAUUUCUGCCUCCAACAUUGGAGGUAGAGCGUACCCUUAAAUAGCUUGUGGACAAAUGCUGGCUCCCUCAGCCUGAAAGCGAGAUGAGUGCUGCACCUCAUAGUUGCCUUUGACUGGACUUAACAAUCCAGGGGUCCUUUUUUUAAUGGCUAGCCUUCUCAAAUAUAAUAGCCAUGCACGUUUCCUUUUCUCAUGAGAAUACAUCAAUGUAAUACCAAUCUGAAAUGUACAGUUGUGGACCAAAACUUUUUGUUUCAUGUUAAUACUUUUUUAGAAAACGUUUUGGUAACAUUUGAGUAUAUGCAAUUUCAUAGUGCAUAUACUAUGAUUAGAAUCUCAUUAAUUCUAGAAAUGACUGAAAACCAAAUUAGUUUCCCAUGUGUUCAACCCUGGUCUUUGAAUUAGAUACUCUUGCUAGGUUAAAUAAACUUAAACACCCUUGUGACACCUUGAAGGUUUAAAGCUUGUUCUAUAAUAAAUCUUUUAGUCUUUAAGGUGCCCCAGCUGUUGUUUUUGCUUCAGCAGACUUAAAGCUUUUCCUACAGUAAAUCUGUUAGUCUUUAAGGUGCCUUAAGCUAUUGUGUGUGUUGCAGCAGACCGACACAGCUACCCCUCUGGACAGGUAUUCAGAUGAUAGCAGGACUGGUCCCAGCUCCUGGGUGGGUGGGUGGGUGGGUGGGUUUGUGUGUGUGUUCACAGCAUACACAGUUAAAGAUCUAUAAUGCAGUGCAAUGUUAGAUUAUUAAUAUGUAUUCAUUGAAGACCUGCAAAAUAUGUAAAAGGCCUAUUACAUUUUUAGAGCAAAGCAGCUCCUUCACAAAUUAAAAAAACAGAACUAAUCCCUUUUUGUAACUGGCGUAACAGUGGCUAGAUAACUUGAGAUUUUAAAAAGUGCAGUUCUUCCAUCUAGUAAUUGUGCUUUAAAACAAAGUAGUAAACUGCAGAACACUUCUAGUUAUUGUUUUGUGCUUGUGGCACAUUGUACUAGUCUUGAUUACGAUUGAUUACGGUUGAUUCAUCUGUGGAGUCCAGGACCUACCACCUUGGGUUGGAAUUUCACCAUUGACUACACUUAAUUGUAAAUAACUAUUGCCAUCAAUAUGUGGAGUUGCAUCCACAAAACAGUUUAUGAUGCACAGCAUUGUUCCAUUCAUCUUUCUUCUCACAACUCAUCCAUUUACACUGGGCACACCAGGGUUAGCUGUGGAGAACAGCUUUAUUCUACUUCCACGUAAUUUCAUUUGUAAGAUCCUUUCAUUAAGUGGGAAUAAAACUGCUGCUGCUCCUCAGCGCUUUUUGUCCAUACAUACAUGAAAGACACAACUCAUCCAUAAUUCAUGCACGAGGAAUAUCUCUUGGAAAUACCUAACUAUUUUUGUAAAGGAAAUUAGAAGUCACUUUUCACAACUUUUUACAGUGGCCUGUAAACAUUAUGGUGAGCAGCUACCAUGGUCUGAUAUUUGGAAUGUCCGACAGCCUCAUGGGUUCUCUUUGUUGUUCUAGCCCCUUGGAUGUUUCCCUUCCACUUAGCCAUGGUUUACCAUGACACCUGAACUUGCAUCACCAUAGUAACUGCUAAGCCGCAGUUUAACUUCACUUUUUCAAAAUUAAGAGAGAUCAAAACAAGGAUCUCCAUGUUAAAAUCUGGCUUGAGAGCAAAUUAUGGUUAGUAGCAGUUAUGACUACUCCAGUUCAGAUAUAUAUUUAUUAAUAACACUCCUAGACCUCUCUUCGUUACAAAAUAAUCACAGAGCAGUUUCUAAAAUAUUAUAAACAAGAUGGAUAACAAUUGAACAACUAUAUGACAUCAGAUGUACUGUAGGAGUGUGUUGUUUGGGGGAAACAUCAUUGAAGGCCAAAUUUGGGGCCUGGCGUAGCCCAUGGGUUGGAUAUUUUCCACCCUGAACCAAUAGGACUCUUUUUCUCUCUCACUGGCCUAUCACAAGGUGCAAAGCCUCAACUCAAAUUCCUAAGCAAAUAUAGUAUUUCUGUGGAUGAUGGUGACUCCCCCACCACCAACAUUGACCUUCCAGCCUAUGCUGAUGCGAGGGGAGAGGACACCACUGAGUCAGGUCAGGCCUGCUCAUUUUGCCCACCAAGGCUUCAGUAAUACACACCAUGUCAAUUGCUUCAUGAGACUGGUCUUAUGCACUGAUCUGCCAUUCAGUAGCAGCACCAGGUAGGACAAGUUGCCAUGACAUUAUAUGUAUUUCUGGCUGAGUGAUAGCUCAGAAAAGAUUGUGGCUGCCAAAUGUCUUUGACCUCUUUUCCUUACCUGACAAGUACUUAGAAUAAGGAAAAUGAGGGGGAAAAAAGGGGGGGGAGAAUAAGGAAAAUGCAAAGAUGUAGAUUGUUGUUGUUUAGUCGUUUAGUUGUGUCUGACUCUUCGUGACCCCAUGGACCAGAGCACGUCAGGCACUUCUGUCUUCCACUGCCUCCCGCAGUUUAGUCAAACUCAUGCUGGUAGCUUCGAGAACACUAUCCAACCAUCUCGUCCUCUGUCGUCCCCUUCUCUUUGUGCCCUCCAUCUUUCCCAACAUCAGGGUCUUUUCCAGGGAGACUUCUCUUCUCAUGAGGUGGCCAAAGUAUUGGAGUCUCAGCUUCAGGAUCUGUCCUUCCAGGGAGCACUCAGGGCUGAUUUCCUUAAGAAUGGAUAGGUUUGAUCUUCUUGCAGUCCAUGGGACUCUCAAGAGUCUCCUCCAGCACCAUAAUUCAAAAGCAUCAAUUCUUCGGCAAUCAGCCUUCUUUAUGGUCCAGCUCUCACUUCCAUACAUCACUACUGGGAAAACCAUAGCUUUAACUAUACGGACCUUUGUUUGCAAGUUGAUGUCUCUGCUUUUUAAGAUGCUGUCUAGAUGUAGAUUAGGUAGGCAAUAAAUACAAUCAUAGUUGUCAUUAAAGGGGGACAGAGGUAUAAGUGGCAUGCGAAUCCUUGAGGUGUUCACUCUUGUCAGUCCAUGGCAUUUAAUCUAGCGUGAUGUCUGAACUGUGCUCCUGUCCCUACUAGUGCUUUCCUUGGAUGUUCCAGAGAUAAAGCCAGUAAUGGCCAAGUGAGACUCCUACAAUGGUAGGAGCAUAUCCAGCAGUAAGCCAACAAUAAAUUUCUAGGGCAGGCGAAACCGAUACUUGCAUUCCUAAUGCCCCCAGACAAAUAACAUGUAAGAUUCUCUUUCUGAACAGACAUUUUCCUGAAAUUGUAGUUCUACAUUUGACCAUUCAUUCCUUAUCUUCAAAGAUGCUUUUUACAACAAUUUCCGUGAGAGGUCUGGGAAUUUAUUAUUUUAAAUUGUAAAGCAGAGGCAUGUUGUGCCUUCACAGCAGCCGUGAAUGUAUUCCAUUAAAACAAUAGUUCUUCAUAUUGUCCUUUGUUUCUCAGCUGUAAAUUAAUCAGCUUCUUUUUAGCACCAUCUGUCAAAUUCACCUUGAAAGUGCUUAACCCUUAUUAUACAUGUGAAUAACAUUUACAUUUAUUUAAUAUAACAUGCAGCUAAACUUUAUACACUUGAAACCUCUGUGAAAUUUGAAAGUUGCCCACGUAAGCCAUAGAUUUAUUAAGGUUUUGGAACAGAAACUAGAAGGUUUUUGCUCCUGGCAUUCCAGUAUAAGAAGAAAAUGUGAAACUGGCAGCAUGAGAAUUCUUUAUCAAAAUCUUGAGCCGAUAAGGAGACUGAAUGUGUGUAAAUACCAUGCCUAAGUCAAGAGAAUAAUCUGAUUGUCUGGAUCUGUGCCCACUGUUGAACAGAACUUGAUUUGAAGUGCUGGAUUCAAACCAGUAAUCCAUGCCAACAUAACCUACCACUUUUCUUGAUCACUAUUUGUCUUUUCCCCUGUAGACAAUAUGCUAAAUAUCAGCCCCACAGUCUAUGAAGAGAAGCAUCUCAAAUAGUCUCCUUUCUAACUAAUGUUUAGAGAGCAUUCCGGCAGCAUUUGUUUCAGGUUUCAAAACCAGGAGAAGUAGAAGUAUGAUCACUGGACAGAAGUGGUCACUGGGGCUUCACAGACACAUGGAAGUAGCAAAAUGCAUCUUUAAUAUCUUCUGUUCCCUGCCCUUUACUCCAGUUAAAAAGGUAAAGGGACCCCUGACCAUUAGGCUCAGUCAUGACCGACUCUGGGGUUGCGGCGCUCAUCUCGCUUUAUUGGCCAAGAGAGCCGGGAUACAGCUUCCGGGUCAUGUGGCCAGCAUGACAAAGCCGCUUCUGGCGAACCAGAGCAGCACAUGGAAAUGCCGUUUACCUUUCCGCCGGAGCGGUACCUAUUUAUCUACUUGCACUUUGAGGUGCUUUCGAACUGCUAGGUUGGCAGGAGCAGGGACCGAGCAACGGGAGCUCACCCCAUUGCAGGGAUUCAAACCGCCGACCUUUUGAUCGGCAAGUCCUAGGCUCUGUGGUUUAACCCACAGCGCCACCUGCGUCUCUUACUCCAGUUAGCUGUUCAUUAUUACAAAUUUCUUGACACACACUUAUUUCAAGUGUCAAUUUUUGAUGCUAUAGUCACUAUGUUUAUCUACCACUUCCCAUCUUCCAGAGGAUACUUCAGAGUAUACUGGAUGGGACUGUUGCUACAGGAGCUUCGACACCCUUUUCAUUACUAGCCUCCUCCCCUGGACUUGUCCUUUAUCCCGCUUUCCAUCCCUACUUACGUUCCACCAAUCUCUUGUUAUAAGUUUUCCACUGGGACAUUUUUGCCCCAACCUUGAUUCCAGUGUCUACUUCUUGUUCCUUUAUUAAUAUAAUGUGCAGAAAGGGGCGGGGGACCUGCAUUAACUGAAAGAUUUUUACAAAGAUGGAUGACCACUUACCAUCAAAGAGAUGCAAAUUCAGUUGGGAACUAUGGAAAUACCAUAGCUAUUAACUUACCAAUUAAGGUCCUUUUUAACAAACUCCCAGGUUAAAAACGAAGCCACAAGACAAUGACAUAUGAGAAAAUAGUCAUUGAAGAAAAUAUAAUGACAAAAGGAUUAAUACAUUUUUUCUAUAAAUCUAUUAUAGAGAUUCAUUUUUGCCCUCAGCGAAAUACAUCUAUUAACCACUGUAGGAGCAACCAUCGCCAGGACAUGGAAAUCAUUACAAUUAUUGACUAUGGAUCAAUGGUAUAAUGCAAUUUGGUAAACAGUAUUAUUGGAAAAACUGACACAAAAAUUAUAAGUAGCAAGAGGCCAGAAGAAACACAACAAUGUUUAUGCAUUUUGUGAUUUUGUUGAUUAUACGAAUAAUGAGGCAUAUGGCAGAACAGAACCCAUAGUUUACAGUUUGGUAUGCAUAAAGUAUAUAUUUUAACUUUCCCUUUUCUCCCUUACUUCCUAUAAAUUCCUAUAAAUUAAAUUUUUUGGAUUCAAAAUCCUUUUUACUAAUGGUCAACAAUCCAAACAUAUACACUAUUAUACAUCAUUUCAUAUCUGUAACAAUUUAUAUCAUAACACAACUUGUUAAUGUAGUCAGAAAUGUUUAUCUGAGCAUAUGCUGUUUUAAAUUAAUUCUCAUUUUAUGUAACUGUUGCAUGUCAUAUGUCUAAAUGCAAUAAACAAAUAAUUAUAAAUACAUUAAAAUAAAUAUUUGUGUCCUUCUUUGGGCACAAUUAAAUUAGCUUAAAAUGUAUCUAUAUUCUUCCAGAUUGGUUCUAAUAUCUUCAGGACACUUCCACCAAGUGAAAAUCCAGAUUUUGAUCCAGAAGAAGAUGAACCUACGUUAGAAGCUUCAUGGCCUCAUAUACAGGUAUAUUGUUCCUUUGUAUAACUAUUUGUAUUCCCAAUUCAUGCUGUUUCUGUACAGUGGAACCUCGGUUUUUUAACGUCUUGGCUGCCAAACAUUUUGGAAGCCAAACACCAAAAACCUGGAAGUGAAUGCUUCUGUUUUCAAACAUGCCUUGGAAGUUCAACAGCUUCUGUGGUGCUUUUUUCCAUUUUCACCAUUCACUUUGCCAAUAGCCCUUUGAUUUUCGGUUUUCGAACGUUUCAUGCAGCAGUAUGCUAGUACAGUGGUACCUCGUGUUAAGUACUUAAUUCGUUCCGGAGGUCCGUUCUUAACCUGAAGGCCUCCUGCUGCUGCCACUGCGCCGCUGCUGCAUGCUUUCUGUUCUCCUCCUGAAGCAAAGUUCUUAACCCAAGGUACUAUUUCUGGGUUAGCGGAGUCUGUAACCUGAAGCAUAUGUAACUCGAGGUACCACUGUAGUAUGCUAGGGUAGCAGUUUUGGAAAUGUAAUAUAUACCUUUUAUUCCUAAGUAACUAUAUAAUAUUGAUUUCCCUUUCACAUCCAAACUCCUUGAACUUGAGGUUUACUCCUACUUCUUUGACUUUUCUCGGUCACUUUCUGAACCCACAGCUUCCAUUCUUUAAGUUCGUAGAAUCAUAGAAUUGUAGAUUUGGAAGGGAGCUCAACUGAACCUGACCCUCACAGAAUUAUUGAUUACCUUACUGUCAAAUCUAUAUUUGUCUCUACUGUUCUUAUUUAUCUUGAUUUCUUUGCUGCCCUGGAUGCACCUAACUGUCAUCUCAUGUCUGAUUCUUCUGUGCUUUGGCUUGGAUACUCUGUAUAUCCCUGCUGGCAGCAUAUGGCCCAAAACUUCUGGGCACAUGUGUGCUCAGAAGCACUCCUGGUAUCUUAAGAAUGGUUAAAAGGGGAUCAGGAAAACAUUCCUCUGCAUCAAGCCUGAGAGAGGCUACACUUGGCUGCUGAAAUAUCACAGUAGAUCAGGAAAAGAGGGGCUGUCUCUUUAAGAGCCAACACAUUUACUUUUAUUUGGAACAACAACUGCUGGCCCUUUACAUAGUGGAUAAGCUUUUUACUACUUUUAAUUUAUUGCAUUUAAAGGUAUAUUUUCUAAAUGUGUCUGUUUUACUCUUUCCUAGCUGGUGUACGAAUUUUUACUAAGGUUUUUAGAAAGUCCCGAUUUCCAACCUAGCAUCGCAAAACGUCACAUUGACCAGAAAUUUGUACAGCAGGUAAAUAGUCAUCUGAAAUAUUUGUAAUUUUGCUAAUUUUGUAUGAAGAUAAUUGGUUGACUCUAAAGAACAUAUUCCACAAAUGGAAAGGCUUCUUUAGUUUGCAGGAGAGCUUCAAUCUAGUUGAUGCUUCCGCUGGCAGAAAAGCAAGUUGUCUUAAAGGGACCCCCAGUUAUCUGGAGUAGAUUUUCAGGAAGCAGAGGGAGAAAGACUUAAAGCAGGAGCAGCUGAUUCUGCUUAUGGGAACUCUGGAUUUGAGUCAAUGUUGCAUGUAUCAUUGUGUAGAGCAAGAAACAAAACUGUGGUGGAGAAAACUACUUAACAUUGCCACUGAACACUUCAGCUAAUUUAGCAACAUGAGGCUCAUUUCAUGGUUAAAUUGACCUAAACCUGAGUCUUACUGAAAUAAUGUGCUUUAAUUUUUUUAACUAUGCCUAAGUCUUAUUUUAGCAGGAUUUGCUUAUGUAACCUAUCUGGGUUGUGCUCAUUCAUUUCAGAGGCUUAGGUGGGCUUAAAGGUAAAGGCAAAGGGCCCCCUGACCAUUAGGUCCAGUUGUGGCCGACUCUGGGGUUGCGGCGCUCAUCUCACUUUACUGGCUGAGGGAGCCUGCGUACAGCUUCCGGGUCAUGUGGCCAGCAUGACUAAGCCGCUUCUGGUGAACCAAAGCAGUGCACAGAAAUGCCGUUUACUUUCCCACCGGAGCGGUACCUAUUUAUCUACUUGCACUUCAUGCUUUCGAACUGCUAGGCUGGCAGGAGCAGGGACCGAGCAACGGGAGCUCACCCCGUCGCAGGGAUUCAAACCGCUGACCUUCUGAUCGGCAAGCCCUAGGCUCAGUGGUUUAGACCAUAGCGCCACCCACGUCCCUUAGGUGGGCUUAGAUAGGUAUAAUUACAACCAGUUUUAAGGAAAUGUUUUAUGAACUUAUUACAUGGCAGUAAUAUUGUUCCUGUUCUCUAAAAUAGAGAAAUACUUUUAUUAGAACCAACCUAAAAUUGAUACAACAUUGUGGUUUGGUUGAUCCCAAUUAAAGGUAUUUCCUUGCUGUAGAUUUUGUGUGUUCCCCUACCUGCCUGAAGGAUUGAUGUAGCAUCUAUGCUUUUGCUCUUUCUUAUGUAAUGGUGUUUAUAAAGAAUGAAUUCACUGAGAGCUUCCCUGACCUGCAUUUAUGUGGGAAGGAAUUUUUGACAACAUGUCACUGAAUCAAUCCAGUGCUUAAUUUUGGUAUAGUUUAGAGGGUGGCAGGAGGAAUUCGGGUCAAAGUUGUUUUUCUUUCAGUUAGGAUUUAGUUACUGGGUAUUGAAGUAAUAAGCAAUGCUUUAUUAAUAGCUGUUGGAGCUUUUUGAUAGUGAAGAUCCACGAGAACGAGACUUCCUAAAAACAGUUCUUCACCGAAUUUAUGGCAAAUUCCUUGGAUUAAGAGCAUUCAUCAGAAAACAAAUCAACAAUAUUUUUCUCAGGUACAAUAUAUGUAGUAUUUGUUUGUUUACUAAACAUACAAAUUAAUCUUGCAAAUGUAUUUUAACAAAAAUAAAAUUACUUGGCCACAGUUUUUUACUAGGGUGCUUAUCCACAUGUAUGGGGAUUUAAAAAAACAAAACAAAAAAAACCACCCUUCUCAUACACUUGAAAGCAAUGGAUUUAUAUUAUGAAUCAGCAGCUUUCUGCUGGUUGAAGGAUUGGUUACUUCUGGAAAAUACUGAUGUUUUGGACUUAGAAGGUUUCAAUAAUGUGUUUGGGUGGCAUGCAUAUUUGUGGUAUGACAAGGUUAAAGCUCACAAAAUAUUUAAAAACCAUAUUGUCAGGAAAGCAUUGUUCAAUGUCUGGAUAAGAUAUAAAGACUUAUUGGAAAAUAAAACCCCAAGGUGGCUAUCACCAAUGGAGGCACAGGCCCUAAAAAAGUCCAAUAUGGAGGCCAAGUGGCCAAAAUAUUGGGAGAUCUUGGAACAAGAAGGAGAUAAAUUCAAAUUGCAGAGUUUUGAAAAAUUAAAAGAUAGAGUGCGAGACUGGUUGCAUUACUAUCAAAUAAGAGAGGUUUAUAAUUUGGAUAGAAAAAUUGGCUUCCAGGUGGAAAAAUCAAAGUUGGAAACAGAACUGCUAGAUCCCAAAACUAAAACACUUUCAAGAAUGUAUAACUUGCUGCUAAAAUGGAAUACUCAGGAUGAAACGGUAAAAUCUGCUAUGAUUAAAUGGGCACAGGAUGUUGGACAUAACAUUAUGUUUGCUGACUGGGAACGGUUAUGGACCACAGGUACGAAGUUUACAGCAUGUAAUGCUUUAAAAGAGAAUAUAAUGAAAAUGGUGUACAGGUGGUACAUGACCCCAGUCAAGCUUGCAAAAAUCUAUCACUUGCCCGAUAAUAAAUGUUGGAAAUGUAAAGAAACUGAAGGUACAUUCUUUCACCUUUGGUGGACGUGCCCAAAGAUUAAGGCUUUCUGGGAAAUGAUAUAUAAUGACUUAACAAAGGUAUUCAACUAUCCCUUCCCUCAGAAACCAGAGGCCUUUCUCCUGGGCAUAGUCGGCCAAUCGGUGUUUAAAAAGGAUAGAACUUUCUUUAUGUACGCAACAACAGCAGCAAGAAUUCUCAUCGCAAAGUAUUGGAAGACACAAGAUUUACCCACUCUGGAAGAAUGGCAGAUGAAGGUAAUCGAAUAUAUGGAACUGGCUGAGAUGACUGGCAGAAUCCGUGACCAGGGAGAAGAGUCGGUGGAAGAAGAUUGGAAGAAAUUUAAAGACUAUCUACAGAAAUACUAUAAAAUUAAUGAAUGUUAAAUUGAGGUCUGACUGAAAAUAACUGGUAUUGGCAAAAGUCUUGUGAUUAAGAGCAUGGAAUAUUUGAUGGAUAAAGCUGUAAUAUUUAUAUAUAAAUAGAUUAACUUUGAGUUAAGAUAAAGAAAGGAGGGUAAGGAUUUGCUGAAAGGAGUUUUUAAAUGGAAAUACAAGCGGGGAGAUGCGGGGAAGUCAAAGAAUUAGGUAAUGAUAAGAAGGUUAAAUGAAAGUAUAUUAUUUUUUAAAUUUUUCUGUCUCUUUUUCUUUUUUCCUUUUUCUUUUUGUGUUAUGGAUAUUGUUAUCUAUGUUUGCUUUUUGUUAUGGUUAUUGUUGUUUUCUGUUUGUCGAAUUUUUGUAUUUUUCUACAUCUUUUGGAAUUUGUUUUUGUAAAACCAAUAAAUAUUAUUAAAAAAAAAAAAAAAUUAAAAAGAGCUGCUGCUGGGUUAAAGGACUAGGGAAAUAUAGACUGUCUCCCCCUUGAGGUAACUUUCCAUAACUUGAGAACAUUCUUCCUAUCUUCUCCAUAAAUCCCAAACUGACAUGUUGUGCAACCUGGCUGCUAUUCUAUGCCUACUUAAUUCCAGUUAAACUGAUUGAAUUCAUUGACGGAUGUGAAUUAUUCACCCACUUCUGAAUAACAUAUGAAUAAAGUGCAUCCAAAAAUAGGGGUUUUGUCCGUUUUCCUCCUAAACGAUAGGUAGCUUCAGGUGCUUUGAAAGACAGUGUUGUAUUCAGUGUAGCUCUAAGUAGUGCUUUGCGUGAGCAAAACAAUUUCUGCUGUGCAACAGGAACUCCCACCCCCUUCUCCCCGCACACCCCAUAAUCUAUCCUGGAGGUUUCCCCAACCCUCUGGAGGAAAUUUGGGUGUGGCAUGGGGGGAGGGGUGGAAGGUCCUGCUGCACAAGCAGAAGUUGUUCUGCUCACAUAUACCCCGCCCCCCAGUUGAAAACUGCUGUAAGAAACAGCUCACGCUUUGCAUGCCAGAGGAGGUGUGAAGUGCGGAUAAUAAAGCUGACUCUGGCAACAAGAAAGUUUCAGGCAUAAACUAUUAUGUACAAAUAGCAGAUUCAGCAACCAUUGUUUGCAGAUUGGAGGCUUCAAGCAUGAAACCAUAAGUUUGGACUGUUUAAACAUCUGGGCAUUUAGCACUUGGAGAAGUGUAAAUGUGCAAGGAAUUUCUUUUCCUUUUGAAGGGGCAAACUUCAAAGAUAAGUAUACUUUCCCUUGAUCAGCCGUAGCUCCUGGGGAACAUUUAUAUUUGCCAUAGGUGUCCAGUGAAGUGGUAAUUCACAUAUAAAACAGGCAGGGCUUUAGGUUCUGUCACACUUAAGUUCUGGCCAGGAGAAAGGAGAAUGAUCAAGUAUUGCUAGAAAAGUCACCAUUUGAUCAAAUACCAGCAGGGAGAGGUUGCGCAGGGCUAAAGAGGAAGCCAAAACAGCGAGCGGGAUCCAUCCCGCUGGCUGCCUUGGCUUGUGACAUAGCUGCGCGCAACCCCUCCAGCAGGGAGAGGUUGCGUGCAGCCUGUACGCUGCUCUUAGGGGCUGGGGGGGGGAAUAAGAUUUUUUUUCUUGAUUUCCCCCCCUAAAAACUAGGUGCGCCCUAUGGUCUGGUGCACCCUAUGGAGCGAAAAAUACGGUAACUUCUAUCCAUACAGGUUUAUGAAGAAAAGUGUCUGUGUGUUUUUAAAAAGCUGAAACCAGUAGUAUUUCAAUGUAUAGAAAGGCUGCUCCUCCACUAUGAACACUUUAACUGUGCUUGCUACUUGAAACUGCACAUUCUUGUUCCAGCCUUGCUGUGCUUUCUUCUAUGAUUUAGUACUAGACUCCCAGAGCUGGUGCAAGCGGGGCUCCCCCUUCUGCUUUUCCUCUGGCAGCAGCGCAAAUACCGUCUGCUACUUCAGUGUAUCAGCUCUGGAGACAUGUCUGUAAUUCAUAUGCAACAUGCAAGGGGUUUUUGAGAGAGUAGUAUGAGAGAGUGGAGUGUCUGCCCAUGUCUGUGGCAUUGAAUUUUCAGGGAUGUAAUGACAUAUCCAUUCCUCUAGCGCAGACAGACAUUUAACUUGUCUCCUUUUCUUUGUGGUUUUAAAAAUCAAUUUGAUGGUUUUCCUCUUUCUAAAAUUAUAGAAAUUAAUCAGGCCUGGUUGCUGAUAUGGCAAGCUUUAUGCAUGAAUGGAUAUUUAGUGAUGGUGACUUGAAACCGAAUAUGCAAUAUGGCUUAGAUGCACCCCAACCUACCUCUCUACCUCUAGUGCUUGAGCAUUGUUGUACAAUAUUGCAAAUGGAUUCCCUUAUUUCUAGACUAAAAUGAAGCUGAGCUUAGCAAUUUAAUAUUUUUAUUUAUUUAUUAGAAACUGUUGAAGUGUGUGUGUGUAUGUGUUUAUUUUCUGUGUUCCAUUUUGCUCAUAUAUUGACUGACUGUAAAUGUAUCCUGACAGGUUUAUAUAUGAAACAGAACAUUUUAAUGGUGUUGCUGAGCUACUUGAGAUACUAGGAAGGUAGGUUUACUCUUUUGCCAGUUAGCCAAUUAAGUGGUGGUAUUAUCAUUAUUAUCAUUAUUGUUACAGUUUAUUACUCACCCAAGGUCCUAGGGCAACUGGCAGAGCCAUUUGAGCAAUGUUCAAAAGAUUUGGUGGAUUUUGUUCUUGAUUUUGCUCCCUGAGUGUGGGAGCAGCAAUUCCAUGGGUGUUAAACACAGAAAGAGGUGGUUGGAAAAUGUAACCAUAAAUGGGGCUUGCUGGUGAUAAAUGUAGAACCAAAUCUCUGGCCUCUGCCAGCCACUUUCCUCUUUGUAGCUUUUCUCUUUGAUUAAAAUGCCCCUCAGCCAAGCUCUUAUAACAGAAGUGAUCUUGGUUGGAUAUAAAAGGCUUGAUGAAAGGACUAUGGGGUGAUAAAUAGUGGACACAGAAAGGGUUUAGCACCCAUCAUCCAUACUACUGCUAAACUUGGCCCUUCUCUUUGUGUUUGGAGUUCCCUCCUUAGGUAAAUCAGGACUGCCAUAACCACUUCUAGUAUGGCCCAGAAUGGUGGCUAUAAGUAGUAGUAGUAGUAGUAGUAGUAGUAGUAGUUGUAGUAGUAAUGAUGAUGAUGAUGAUGAUGAUGUUUCUCCUUUGUGUUAGCUUUUAUGCCUCAGGUUGCAUUUAGCUAAUGUACUAACACAUUGUUCCAACCCUGCCUCAGGAGCAUCCCAUAACUGCAGCACUGCCCUGGUACAUUGUGAAUCCUUUCCCUAGCUUCCUGUUAAAUGAUUUACACCAUAAACUAAAAUUGUAGAAACAUCAUGUGAUGCUACAACUAUGGGAUGACUGCCAGGAACCGAGGUUGGCUGAAUAUGAUGCCUGUGACAGCCUGUCUGUCUCUUCCUUUCUCCAAAGCAUUAGUUUUAUAGUUAAAUUCUUAACUGUGUGACUUUCACCCAAACCAUUUCUGCCAGUUCAACUAUCGUCUCAUCUGAACAUUGUUAAAGCAGAGAACACUUUUUCAAAAGAAUUCAGUAAGAGGAUCCCUCAUGGUGACUGGCAACUGGAACAUUGCCUAAUUUGGGAAGUAAGGUGCUUGAGUUGAAGCCCAUCUUCAAAGUAUUAAAAAGGAGGCACUCUGAGGCUCACCCCAGUUGCUAUGAAUUGCCUGUUUGGAGAGCUCUUAUCUAAACUAACCCCCUACCACAGAUUUGUUUCAAUGUUUGUACAUGCAAUAUUCACAUGUCAUGGAAUAGGCUUCUGUACCCUUGUCAUGGAAUGAUCAUCAUGCAGUUUGCGUGUUUUCCCUUGUACUGGAGUGUGUUCCAUAUGGAGAACAAAACGUCAGAAGUUCUUAGAAGCUGCACUGAGUUGAUACAAACUUAGCUACAUUGAUUCUGCUUUGGAUUGAUUUUGCUUUUUGUAACAUCAAAAGCACUUGCUGCUCCUGGUUGAAAGGAUGGGCAUCUGAUUGCUGAAGAGGAAGGAGCAAGCCUGAUAAACAGUUCCUGAGUUUUGCUUCCCUGUAGUCAAUGUCUUCAGCAAUAGGAUUAAUGCAAUAAAUCUUUACAAAGAAAUUUUGGAUUUAGUGCAUUGAUGGAUUGAUCUUAUGCUACAUUUUUAAUAUUAACUGUUCAUUUUUAUCUUUAAAACAGUACAGUAAUAAUCUUUCCUGUCUAAUUUCUUUCCCCCUACAGUAUUAUCAAUGGUUUUGCAUUGCCACUGAAGGCAGAACAUAAGCAGUUCCUUAUGAAGGUUCUCAUCCCUAUGCAUACUGCAAAGGCUUUAGCUUUAUUUCAUGCACAGGUAUGUCUAUCUGUGAAUGCUACUGGAUUUUAAUCUUGAUUGGAAUACUCUAGGCUAUGCAGAUAUGACCACAUGCUCUGAUUUUUAUUUGUUAUUUUUGAAAAAGUUAGCUUACUUUAGUUUAAGGUUUUGGAAAUAUUUCAGAUUCAAGGCAACCCUCGUCACAAGCCUGGCAAAUCUGAAACUAUACUUGACGAUCUGAUAAAAUUGAUAAUCUUUACUUGGACUUAUGUGCAACUACUCACCUUAUGUGUCUAUUUUAUAGUUGCCUUUUAUUUUUUGUCUGUUACAAUUGUUUUCUCUGUUUUAUAUACAUAUUUUUCUCAUGUACUUGGUUGAUUCUAGGAAUGUACAGGAUUUGUUACAGUUGACCUAUAUAUUACAGUUUAGAAAAGUAAAGCAUGCACCCGGGAGACAUGGCUUUAAGUUGUUGUUGUUGUUAUUAAAUUUGUACACCACCCUUCAUCCAUAGGUCUCAGGGCAGUUCACAACAUAAAAAUACAAGAUAAAAACACAAAAUACAUAAUAAAAACAAAGAUGAAAUGAAAAAAUAACACCCAUUAAAAUAGUAGUAAUAAUAAUAAUAAUAAAUGCCACCCAUCCAACUGGGUUGCCACAGCUGGAUAAAUGGGUCUUUACCACAAGUGUCCUCUUGUUAGGGUUUUAUUCUUGUUUUAAAUGGAUUUGUACUUGUGCUUUUAAUUUUCUUAUCUGUAAAUUGCCUUCAGACAGUGGUUUAGAAGGCAAUUAAUGAAUUCAUUACUAUUACUACUACUACUACUACUGCUACUACUUACAGUGUCAGCAGUGAUGCUCAUAUUCUUCCUCUUAGUAUGUAGUUUCUUUCUCCAUCCCCCUUCCCAUACUUGGGUUGCAUGCUCCUGGCUGUCUUUCCUUGACUAGGAGGAAAGUGGACAACCAACUUUCACUAAACCAGGAGAUCCUCUACUUGAAGCUCUCCUGGACCAGUUGUUCCUCCUCCCCUCACAGCAGAGAAGAAUGGAGUGCUCGAGAUCUGAAUUUGAGUCCAGAUCUUUCAGAUCAUAAAGUUUAACCAGAGUUUUAUAUUAGUCUCAUUUUCUGUAGAUUUAGUAAUUAUCUUGUAUGGGCCACAUGCUUAAUUGCCUUUUAAAACAGUGAAAACCUGUGCAAUAUUAUCUUUUUCAACAAAACAUUUAAACCUUUUAUCUGUGUUUUAGCUGGCCUAUUGUGUUGUUCAGUUCCUGGAAAAAGAUAUGACGUUAACAGAACCGGUAAGUGAUGUAUGUUCAGUUUGAAAAAAAUUGGUGCACUUGGUUUAAAAAAUAAUAAUAUUGGUUCCACUAUGUUUGUGCAGCUCCUAAAGAUUUGUAGAAGAUAAAAACAUGCCCGUCUCAUUGUCCACAUGUGCCAGAGGAUUUAGAAGCAAGGAAGCGUCAGUGUGAAUACAAAUAAUGAUUUGGCUACUAAACCAUGCCAAAUUUUGCAAGCAUGAUGGCUUGUUAAUAGGAAUUGCCUAAGUCAUAGAUCUAGACUUUGCUUGAAUUCUGAACAAUUUAAAAUAAUUGAAUUAGCAAGACUCUCGAAAUUACUACAUAGACUUUUCGCCUCUGGGAAUUUUACAUUAAGCAGUGCUUAUGGUGGACCAGAUUUGUUUAACAAAGCUGAUAUUGAUAAACAUUUGACCUAAAUGAAAAAGUGGAGUUUAGUAGACAUUUCUAGCAUUACAUGUAUUUCUUGUCCCACAAAUUUGUAUCCCACAUUUCUGUUAAUAUGUGCAAUACAGACAACAAAUGGAACCUGAAUAAAGGUAUCGUUAAAUCAAUUUAAGAUUGAAAAUUAAAGAAUGGCGUAUUCCUUUGGUGUUUGUUGAAAGAUCAGUGUUUGUCCAAAUAAUUGGGAAGUGGGAAAGACUCCUAUAUGCCACUACUGGUAGUGUGGUUCUGACACUGAGUGAGCUAGAUGGACUAAUGGUUUAUCUGACUCCUUGUAGUUUCUUGUGUAACGUGUAAAUGGUUUUUAAAGUUACCAUGUACAUUUUUGUACAGAUAGAAAAAUAAAUUCAGCCUCUUAAAAGCCGUGGGUUGAAUUCCAAGAGAAUAAUAGAAGAUACUAUAACACUAAUAAAUGUAUGAAUUAUCCUUCGAAAACAGAGCUAAAACAGUUUGAGAUAUGAUUGGAACAGAACUGCACUCAAAGUCAAGAUGCAUUUAUCUAAAAUUAUAUAAUUAUAGUAAUCAAAAUUAAGGUAGUCUUUCUGUGCAUUGUGAGUGGCUAAAUGUAUAAAUCAAUUUUAACAGGUGUGUAAUGACUCCUAUUAAAUUAUUUUUACAACCUAGGUUAUCAGAGGAUUGCUCAAAUUUUGGCCAAAAACAUGCAGCCAGAAAGAGGUCAGUUCUUAUUAAUUUCCAUAUAUUGAAUUGCAAAUAAUAAUAAUAAUAAUAAUUAACAGGCCAGCAUGUCUGAACGCUGUUUAUUCUAGCUGUAAUAUUGCUAAUAAGUAGGAUUCUACUCAUAUUUUAAAAAUAAUUGUCUUAGCACUGAAGUCCAUCCCUUUGUGGUCGGUGUCUGUAUAUGGAGGUAUCCCUCUAGCGCUCAAGAGUUUGGUUACCAAAUCCCUCUAGAAUAACUUGCUGUUUGUCACAGAUCUGUUGUGUAGCCACUUGUGAUGUGACUAGAAUCAAGCCCACAUGCUUUUCUUUAUAACAGGUCAUGUUUUUAGGUGAAAUUGAAGAAAUCCUGGAUGUUAUAGAACCAACACAGUUCAAAAAAAUACAAGAACCUCUCUUUAAACAGAUAGCCAAGUGUGUGUCAAGUUCACAUUUUCAGGUAUAACAUGGCAUUUUCAAAAAUUUUAACAGACUCUAUGCAACCUCACAGUCCUGAUAAUUCCUGUAUGUAUAUUUCAGGUUGCUGAAAGGGCUUUGUACUUCUGGAACAAUGAAUACAUUCUGGGUCUGAUUGAGGAGAACAUUGAUAAAAUUCUGCCAAUUAUGUUUGGUAGUUUAUACAAGAUCUCCAAAGAACACUGGAAUCCGUAUGUAUUUUUUAGCAUUCAGUCUUUCAAAAGUUCCUUCAGAUAUUCAUACAGUAACUGCUGUGGUUGUGGGAUAGCUUAGUUGGUAGAGCAUGAGACUCUUAACCCAUCGGUCAUGGAUGCUUUCGUUUAGAUUCCUGCAUUUCAGGGGCUUGGACUGGAUGACCUUUGGGGUCCCUUCCCAUUCUACAAUUCUGUGAUUCUAUGAUUUCAGGGUUGUGGGUUUGAGCCCCACAUUGGGUGAAAGAUUGCUGCAUUGCAGGGGUUGGACCAAUCUAGUUCAGCAUCAUGUUCACAUAAAGGGUAGUCAAGUCCCUAUGGGAAGCACACAAGCAGGACAUGAGCACAAUAGCACUUUGCUGCUCCUGCUUCAUAGCAGCUAGUGUUCAUACUGCCCCUGAUACUGUACGUAGAACAAAGGCUACUAGUUAUGAUAGUUUAUGUUCCAGGAAUUUGUUUAAUCUGCUUUUAAAGCUGUCCAAGUUGGUAACCAUCACUACAUCUCACAGUACCUGUCAGCCUGCAACUUGGGUUCAUUUAACUUGUGCAAAUUCAGCUUUAGGCAUGUGGGGGGGGAAUUAAAAGGGGGCGAAGGGGGAUGGGGUUCUGGGAAAAAUGAGUUUGGCAAUCCCACCUGGCACUGAAUGCAAUGGGUUUCGACUCUAUGCAAUUUUCGGUUUCAGGCACGAUCCCCAGAAUGCAACGCCCACGUCAGUUGCGGGCCUACUGUGCUGAAUUCCACCAUAGAUUUGUAUAAUGACACUGUGAUGCCUGCAUUUUAAUUUUCAAUCCCUUUCAUAAGGAUUCCAAAUGUGGAAUUCGCCUGUUUCAUAGCUGCCACAAAUUGGGUUGGCAUUUUUGUCAAGCUAUCUAUCAUGGCCCCAAGAUCUCUUUCCUCACUAGUCAGCACUAGUUCAGACCUCAUUGGCAUAUAUAUGGUUAGAACUUUUUUGGCCCCAAAUGGGCAUCACUUUGUGCUUGCAUUGAAUUGCAAUAGCAAUUUUACUGCCCAUUCAACCCAGUUUGGAGAGAUUGGUUUGUAGCACCUUUAUAAUCUUUUUUUUCUUUCUUUCUUUUUUUUUUUUACUAACCUGAACCAUUUGCUGUUAGUAGCAACCUUGGUCACCUCACAGCUGACCCCUAACUUUAGAUCAUUUACAUUUACCAGUCCCAGUAAAAAUCACUGGAGGGAACACUCUAUUGGGAGACUUAAUCUGUUUAUUCCUGCCCUCUCCUUCCUGUUCUUUAACCAGUUACUGAUUCUUAAGAGGACCUGUCCUCUUACUCCUUGACUGCUAAGCUUAACCCAGGAGUCUUUGGUGAGGGAUGUUACCAAGAGUUGUUGUUUUUAAGUCUUCAGUACACAAUAUCUGUUGGAACACCCCUAUUCACAUGCCUAUUGAUUGUCUCAAAGAACUCAAAUAGGUUAGUUGGAUAGGAUUUAACCUUGCAGAAACUGAUUCAAGGCUUAGGCACAAUCUGCACUAUACAUUUCACAGAAUCAUAGAACCAGAGAGUUGGAAGAGACCCCAAAGGUCAUGGUGGCUCUUGAUUAUCACUGGCAAUGAAUUUAUUGUGUGUGUGUGUGCAGAUUAUGAAAAAUAGUGUCUCUCUAGAAGGAGUAUCACAAAAUGAAAGACUGAGUGAAAUUUGUAGACAAAUCUGCUCAGGAAACACAAAAAAUUAUUUUCUUGUUUCUUCAAAUGGUUUUAGAUAAACUUAAGUUCUAACUGAGUCCUUGUAAAUGGAAGCCAUUAUGAAAGUGCUUUCUUUCUUGCAAUUGUAGCAUUUAUAACAUUAUUUGAACAUAGGAAUUUGUUGAAAAUAGCAUUCCCUAUUUCGAUGUUACAUUGUGAUGCAUACCAAACGCUUCCAAUAUUUGAACUAUGUAAUAUUACAAUGGUAACAAUCAGUUCAGCUGGAUUAGCUGGAACUCCUUCCCAGCGUUUUGUAACUUGAAAGGCAAAAGUCCCCAGUGUACAAGUUGAGUCGUGAAGCUGCAGAUAUUCAAGAGAGAACAUCUGUUUUAAACCUAAUUGAUUAUAUUGCUGCCUUGUAUUUUAUACAGAAUGGAAACAAAAGUCAGACAUUCAAGACAAAUGUUGGAACACAACAUUUCUCUCUUAAUUUAACAUUCUACUUUUCCUUUUCUUCUAGGACCAUUGUGGCAUUAGUAUAUAAUGUGCUGAAAACACUGAUGGAGAUGAAUGGGAAACUGUUUGAUGAACUCACAAGUACUUAUAAAGCAGAAAGACAAAGGUAUUUACUUCUUUCACCCACCUCCAUUUUGACUAUACAAAAUGUGCCUGCAAACAUCCUCUAAAUUAAUGCUAAUUUGACAUUAUGGUAAAUUUGUAGCUAAAUAAAUCUCUCCCCACUAGCCUCAUCAAGCAAACCUGAUGCUGGUCAGGAAGGCAGCUCUGUGGCCUUGUCCUGCCAUGCCAGUGGCACCUGGUAGAGACCUUGUAAAAGUGUCCUGGCACUGUCAGAUGUGCAACUAACAAUGACAUGACACAGGGCCUUUUCAGUAGCAGCACCUAAGCUGUGGAACUCUUUCCACUAGGUAGGAGAUCUGUGUAACCCCUUCCACUACAGUCAAAUACUCUUUAAAAACCUUUUUGUUUUGCUGGGUCUUCAGUUCCUUUUUUAUCCUUUGUUUUUCCUGUCAAGACAGUUCCUAUAUGUGGCGUUUUGCUGCUUCUGUGUUGAUCAGUGUAUUGUUUUAUUAUUUGCUUUGUGAUUUUGAGUUUACACUGAAAAGCUACCUUGAAGGAUGUUUUGGGCAGAAAUGUGGUCUAAAAUAUUCCUUAUAAAUCUGUUCAAGGAACGGAUCAAUUUUCCAUCCAAGUUGCUGGGGCACUGAGUAUUCCUGGCAUAACAUUGCCACUCAUUCUCUCCUCCCACUUCCCAGUCCUCUCAACAUUGGAAAGGACAUUGUUCUUCUUUCAGAGAGGACAGCUUUUCUGAUGCCAGCACCUCUAUUAAACUCCUUUAUCUGCAGUGGAUUGGAAAGUCACCCCAGAGCCCUCUGGGCAUCUCUCACUACUUGUCCAGCAACCUGGGAAGAAGUGCCUCACAUGAUGCUGUUGGGCCAAUCCAGGAGCUGUGUAUGAGGUCCACUUCAGAACCAGUAGGUGCUGUGGGUCAGAUGCGGCUUGUAAGCUGCCAGUUAGCCACCAACAGGCAGUGGACACCAGCUCAUGCUAUGAUAAACAGGACUUCUGAUACGCUUGCUUUAUCAAACUCGUUGAGUGCACAGCAACCAAAGACUCACAUUGCUGUACUUUUCUACAGAGAGAAGAAGAAAGAGCUGGAACGCGAAGAACUGUGGCAAAAGCUGGAAGAACUAAAGCUAAAGAACGCUGUGUCUGACCAGCCGAGCAACACGUCCUCCGUGACAAAUGCACAAAAUGAUCAAGUGCCAAAUGAGAGAGACAGCCUCUCUUUGUGAGGCAUGUUUUAUACACAUUUUUUUAAAAAAAACUAUGUAAAAAUGCAAAAGAGAAACCUCAUCAGUAUAUUUGAAAUGGCCAUUUUUCCCCCCUCUGGCAAAAUGUAAAUGAAAUUUUUUGAACUUAAAUACAAUAAUUGAAUGUGACAUUAUUUACCACAGCAUAUUGUAAAUUUGUCUCUAAUCAUUGCUAUAUUGUCACUUCUGACAUUUCAUAGAAAUGAACUUUAUCAUCCAUGAUGUGUGUGAUUUAAUUAUGGGAGUGGUGAAAAUUAUGACUUGAAUUUUUCUCUUUUUUUAUUGUGUUGCACAUAGGCAUAGAAGCCAGCUAUUUACAUUUCCCUCCAGUGUGCUUUCACAUUACUCCAGACUUUGGCUGAGAUUCUGGAAGAAACUUCUAGGUUUUCUGUAUUUUUUCAGAUUAAUGCUGUAGUUGUAUUCCUACUUAUAUGGGAGCUAGCCCCAUUGAACUUAAUAGGGCUUGCUUCUGAGUAAAUGUGUCUAGGAUUGAAUAGCAAUCUGUAUCUGAAUGAGAUAUUCAUCAUCUGUCCAUUACAGAUUUCAGAGCUAUUCCUACAUAAAGAGGUUCAGAGAGCAAAGCGCUAUGGGGAAUGGAGUGUAAAUGAAGCACAAGUUAAAAAUAUGAUACAGCACAUGUGAGCUUUAUGAUUGAAUAAAGAGAAACUGUCAUUGGCUUCCACUCAACAGUUGCUUUGCUGUGCUUGGCUCUCAUGUCUCUCUUUAGUGAGAAAUCAGUCAUUAUCUGUCUGGUCCUGUAACUGGGGGUGGAGCCAAUCAAUGGAGCUCCUAACUUAGCUCAGGACUCCUUGUAGAGAGCCUAGCAGUUUUUGCUUUCAGCUUGGCUCUGCAAGAUGGUCCAGUCUCUUAUUAAAGGUGCAAUUCCUAUUCGGGUAUAGAAACAUCUGUGUGACAAAACAGUUCCUUGUUUUGCUUUAAGAAAAAUACAGUGUGCUUAUUUAAGAUGGGAAGCUGACUCUAGAAGUCUUGUCUGUUUUUUACUUGAUCAGGUGGUGUGUUGUUCUUUUUUUUUUUUGCAGAACUUUCUAUCAGAGUACCAUUCCAGUCUCUUAAAUUGCAAUUGUGCGGAAAAUGGUUUUGUAUUGAAAGAUUGAGGGAUUGAGCAGCAUCAAUAAAGUCUUUAUGUUUGUAAUUA